CUAAUGUCGACCAAUCAGUUGUCUCUUCGCCAAAACAUGUUUUUCGUGACCUGACUUUUGUGUAGCGUAGUUGUGGCGUAGUGAAAAAAUAUUUCCGCCUCAGAGCUUGGAAGAAGCCAGGGUGUAACUAGUGUUAGCAGUAAAAAUGCGUCCUCUAGCAACUGAAAGCGUAAGUAAUCUUUCAAUUCUGGCGUACUGUAAUGGUGGAUUUUACUGUCGCGUAAUUUUGAGUUAAAAGUACUGCCGCAAAAAAUUUUCGUACUAUAAAAAUUAUUAUUGUUUGGUAAUAUAUGCGCGAUCGAGCGGAGUUACCUCUGUCAUUUCUGACCUUCCUGUCCCCUUUUGAAGACCUUCCUUUUUCGUACUUUAAAAAUUAUUAUUGUUUGGUAAUCUUUGCAUGCUGGCGUACUGUAAUGGUGGAUUUUUACUGUCGCGUAAUUUUAAGUUAAAAGUACUGCCGUAAAAAAUUUUAGGCGCGUGCUUUUAGGAAAUAGGGACCGAUCUAUGAAAGACAGCGCGAAACAAGGGUCAACUUCAACAUGCCCUUGCUACAUUUCAUAUUAUGGUCGCCCGCUCUCCUUCAAAUUUAAACAUUUGGCGAUAGGGGAAUCUUUUGGAUUUAAAGACCGUAUCAGAGUGGUUAGACGAUUUGUACUCGCUUCAACUUUUUAGCCCACGUACGUAGUGUACAUAAGAGUUUUGCUGAGUGCAGUAUGAAGAAUUUCGUUUUCAUUCUACUGUCAGCAGGUGAUUUCAUAAAUUCAAUCAAAUUACAGGAGUCUGAAAAAUUUUGUUUUACGAUACAUUAGAUAUACCGUAUUUCACGUGACUUGCUAGCGGGGGUACGGUGAAAGCUUUGUGGGUGGGUUGGGGGAGUGUCAUAGAUAGGCCAAUCAGCAUGUAAACAGAGGCAAGCUUUUAAAACAAUAACAAUGCACAGUUGUCAUUUCCAAACAUCUUGCAUCAUUAAUUGAGUUCUUUGCCUGGAAGCAAGAAUUCAGAUUAUGGAAUAUUUGCUUUUUCAGCUAAAAUAUUGUAAGAAGUAAAGGCUGGGGCUAGAGAUGCAAUGGACGGAUCAAAAGAACCUUUCCUUUCUCUCACACCUUAGAAUUUUUUUUAUUUAUGGUCACCCAAGGGAAAACUCACAAAAAAUUGCAAAUAUUUCAUGUGUGAACACCCUAGUGAGAAAUAACAUAUAUGACUUUUUCUUUGCAAAAGUGAUAUGAAAGUUUUAAAAAGCCGAAGCCGAAUAUAUAUGAGAACACAAAUUGUUAUUGUGCAUAUUUUCUUUCCAUAUUAUUCAUGUCACAACAGAACAUGCGGUGUUUCUUAACUGAACAUUUCAUGAAGUUUGAGCAAUAAUAUUGAAAAAAAAAAGCAAUGUACAGCAUUUAUUGAAAUCAAGCUACUCUCUUUCCUCUUACUAUUUAAAACAUAUGUCCUGUGUAUUGUCUUCUUAUUAUUUGCUUUUUCUUCUCCACUUCAGGUUGUUAUUUUAGAUCCAUCACAGAUACACAGACCUGAAGAGAAUUACAAGGAAUAUAAUGACUUCAUUGUAUCCAGAACAGAUAAAUCUGACAAUGAUUUUAGGAAUUUCAAUGUUAAUCUUCAGACUGAUGUAGUUUACAAUACUUAUGCUCUAAUGCAUAAGAAUCAGACUCUGGACUUCGUCAAGAGGAAGGUUUGUUUUGAAAUAACAAGGAUAUACUUAUUUAGCCACUCUACAUACAUGUGUUAACAGAAUCUUUACUGACUGAUAUUUGCAUGGUGUAAUUGCAUGGUCUUUGUUAUUGCCUCAAUAUUGCUGGUGCAUCUUUAACCUAUGAGAUUUCCCCCCCAAUAUCUGUCAUGUAUCACCACCAUUUGUCCAUUCUUUCUUUUUACGAUCUUGUGUAUUGACCUUAAAAGGUAUUUAUUAUGAAAAAAUUUUUUUAAGAUUUCACUUUUGAUUUUUCAUGUCCUGCAAUCUCUUUUUAGUGCAGACGAAAUCCUGCCUAUUGAAAUAUGUCACUAGCAAAAGCAAAUUUUUCUGUUAGUCAAAUGUCUCCUAAUAUUUGUAAGUGGAAAUUGGUGAGACACCUUGAUUGUUUUGGAGGCAAUAGAAGAACAAAAGAUACCAGAAUGAUGAAGUUAUGUAGUCUUAACCCUUAACCCUUUAAGCCCCAAUAUCCACUUACAAAUUCUCCAAACUGAUCUCCAUACAAUUCCGUAAAGAAUUAGUUGAGGGAAUUUGACAUAAGAUCAAAGCAUUUUCCCUGAGGUGAUCAUUUUAUUAAAUCUCAUAACCUUUUCUUUUGAUGAUGUACUGAUAUUGCAUGGAGAAAAUUCAUGUUGAUCACUCUUGGGACAUAAAGGGUUAAGUCCCAAUGGUGACCAACAUCAAUAUAUUUUCUCCUAACAAUAUCCAUACAUUGUCAACAGAUUUGGUUGUGAGAAUUAAUAAAAUGAUCACCAAAGAGAAAAUGCCUUGAUCUUUUAUCAAAUUCUCUCAACUUAUUCGCUAGGGAAGUGUAUGGAGAUCAGUUUGGAGAAUUUGUAUGUGGAUAUUUGGGCUUAAAGGGUUAAAACGUAUUGUGUGACUUUAUUUAGUUACAGCAUUUCUCAUAACUUUCCUGCAUUAAAACAUUGUAAUGUAAGGUGUAAAGCAAAUCUUCAAUUGAUAGUCAAAUUAAACAGGGUGCCCAAAUAGGCAAGCAUCUAAGAAAUCAAAGGCGACAUUUUUGUCUCCACCGAAAUCCACCAAAUGAAGGGUAAUUUGCAUAUAAGUGUAAGUGAAGUAAAAUAGAUACAUAUCGCCACAGUUUUAAACACAAUGUUUCCUCGAAGUGUUUUCCUUUUGAAAGUUUAAAUUUGCGUGAAAGAAUUCAGCGUUCACAAAAUUAACUUAUUAAGAUGAAACGGAGCAAAUCGAAAAGUCAUAAAAAAGCCAGGAUCUUACAGUUUGAUGGAAAAUAACAGGGAUUUAUAUUGGGAAGGCCAAAUAUAUAGACAAAUGUGCCAAUGGCCCCUGACUUUGAAAAGUUACGGGCCAUUUCGUGAAAGUAUGGGCUAUUGAAGUCAUGGAGUGGGCCGGAUAAAAAGGAAUACGGAAAUGAGAAGUGCAAUUCGUUGUAGUGUUUGCAGUAUUUUGUGUAUUUUCAAUAUGCUUUAAGUACAGAGAAUUUUUGCAGUUUUUAAUACUUAAUGAUAUUUUGCAACUGAGGGUUAUGGUUUUUUUGGUCAUGUUUGAGGUGAAUCUUAAGAAACAUGGCAUCUGUUUCAAACUCUAGCCACGGACACAAGGUUAGCCACUGCGACUGGAAUUUCCUGUGUCUUCGUUACAAGCAGGCCUGGAGAGUGUGGAGGGCGCAUACUUGUUUUGCCAGAUGGACAGUUGCAGUCGUCAGUUGCAUAAUUUUGUUGUUGUUGUUGUUGUUGGCUGACUUGGCAUUCAAAUUCAUGCUAAUUGAAAGUUUUCUUUGGCCUUAAAAAUCUGAUCUAGGAACUAUUUCUUCAGAGGCAUUACCUCACUAAUUCAAAUGCAAAUGAACUCUUUUCGGUCAGAAAGACGAAAACUAUGAGGAGAGAAGUUUGACGGAACCUUGUUUGCGAGCUAAGUGCGAGUAGAGGUCUGGGGACGAAAACAAAUGAACACGAAAGAUCAUCUAUCAGAGUAGCCUGUGUAGCAAUUUAAGCAUUCCAAUUAAGUUAUUGGGCAAAAUUUAUAAAGAACUUGUGUGGGAAUACUUUAUUACGCGGGCUACUAUCGAAGAAGCAAAGGGCAGACACAGGUUGAAUGUUCAUGUUUUUAUGUUCGUAACAUAAAUUUAAUAGACAGAUUGAAGUGCUUAUCACCAUAUUAUGUGACUAGGGCGCAAACUGGACUCGGUUAACAGUUUUAUAAUGCGAGUCACAUUUUCUAAAUUUAUGUGCCAUAUGUGCAUGGCACACGGCCUUCGCAAUUCCUGAAACCGUUUGACUUCCAGUCUGUUUUUCUGGCAUUCUAAACAUUCUGCUUAAUUAAAUAAUUGUUAAAAUAUUUUAUGAAGUUAAAAUAAUUUACAAGUUGAGUGCUUGCAUUUCCUAAUAUAAUAUAGAGUAGCACUAAGGCUUCGAACUAUUGAUUUGCUUAAGUUAAAUUACCCUUGUAUCUUGGAAACAAUAUGCUAAUACUUCAGUUUAGAGUCAAAGGACGCGACAUGCAUCGGCAUCCUUUGUGAGUGUGCAAAUAGUCAUGGGCCCUGCAAUUUUAUGGGCGGUGCAGAUCAAUAGGCAGAAUUGUGUAAUGUCAAGAUUCAAAAUUAAGAGGAUGGAUCAACACUAGCUGUUUGUUUUAGAUAACAACUCUGAUAUAAUAUUAUUUUGUUGAUUGCAUUGUUAAAGGCAGAAAAAUGGUGCCCGCUAAACAAGCAUAAAAUGACAAUUCUGGAAGCUGUCCAUCUGUUGGAUGCAUUGAUUGAUGAGAGUGACCCAGACACUGACUUGCCAAACUCAGUUCAUGCCUUCCAAACAGCUGAACGUAUUCGUGCUGACCAUCCAGAUGAGGAUUGGUUUCACUUAACAGGCCUCAUUCAUGACUUGGGUAAAGUCAUGGCAUUAUGGGGAGAGCCACAGUAUUGUGUUGUUGGAGAUACGUUCCCUGUUGGCUGCAGAUUUUCUCAAGAGAUAGUCUUUCCAGAGACCUUCAAAGCUAAUCCAGAUACCCAGGUGCCAGAGUAUAGGUAUGUAUGUGAUACACGAGAGAUCAAUACUUUUAUACUCUUGUUAUAUUAAUGGUAAGUAAUAAUGAUAAUAAUAAUAAUAGUAAUAAUAGUGAUAAUAAUGAUAAUAAUGAUAGCCUGCAAAAAGAGCUGUGAUCAGUUCUUUGCUCCUGGUGGCCAGGAACAUUUUGUCAGGAGGGAUGUCUGCACCUCAUGCGCAUCAACAACAACAGCAAUUUCAAACUACUGAUGUAAAUCAAUGUUUACAUAAUAAAUCCAGUAGUAAUGGGGUUCCAAAUGUAAAUUUGUUUGAUUUUAUAUUUCUCCUGGUUGAUUAUGGUAAAGUUUUGUGUUCUCUGGCGAACAAUCUCCAGCAAAACUCAAAUGCUCCUGCUAAGAAAGAAUACAGUCCUCAAAAAUCAUUGGACUGUUUUGCAGUAGAUUUAUCACAUUUACAUUUGAUCUAUGUGACCAGUUUUCUUUUGUCUGUGAUUUGUAAACAAUAGCUAAAACAAUCUAACUACUCUGUCAACCAAACAGAGCUCCCGACAAGAUUCUGAUGAUUUACAUUUACAUCAUUUCUGUUGCUGUGGCACAGAUGUCGCUCCUGGUGAAAGUCCCUGGUGGGGAGGAGCAAGGAGAGACAUCUGUUUUUGCAGGCUAUGAUGAUAAUAAUAAUAAUAAUAACAAUAAUAUCAUUAUAAUAAUGGUAAAUAUCAGUAAUAAUUCACCUUAAUAGAGAAGUAUCAAUAAACUGCCAUAUAUGGGCUAAACAGGUAUGCGUCACUGUGAUGGGUAUGAUUUUCAUGCAGUUUAGUCUGGGAUUGAAUGUAGUAAUCAGAGAGUGUGAUUCUAGAAUAGGAGUUUCUAGGAAACUUGAAGUUUUUAAUCUAGACUAAGGAAAGAAGGAAAUGACAGUGAACACUAUGAAAACAACAAAUUUAAGUUUAAUCGCAAUUUUAGUCUACACUGUAGCUUAGGGUAGAAAAGUUCAGCUGACCUAGGAUGGGCUAAUGGUUCCUGGGUCCUAGUAACAGAUCUUCUCCCACCCUGUGCCGAUUGAUGGCCAUGAUCUUAAUUCAAAUAGGUAAGGAAAAAGAAAGCUUAGGAAGUUAUUUAAUAAGUCAAGUGUCAAACAAAUCUGACGGUUUUUAAAGCUUGCCCCUCUUACAUGUUUUGUAAAUAGAUGUAAGCUCUCUUUUCUCGUUUAAACUCCAAGCAGCCCAUAUUUAAAGACAGCUUUUUUUGUCACAAGUGAUUUUUCUACACUAGCUGUGAGAAAAUAAAAAACCAAGAAUCUAAGUAAUUUCUAAGUAAUGUUUCUGCUCUUAUGAGGUAGUAGAAUGUAGUUGAAAUGCAGCUAAACCAGAGGCAUUGCUGGCCAUCUUGUCUUUCAUCUAAAAUUAAUGGGGUCGCUCAAAUGGCUUUGCAGAUUUGCAGCUCUUCUCUGUUGAGGUCGACAGGGCACACUUUAUGUUGCUUGUGCUCGUGAAGUGUUCUACCCCUACCCCGCCCACCUGCCCGUCCUCCCUUAGUAAGUAUAUGGUAAGUAUACUUAGGUUCCAAUCCGCUGGUUAGCAGUUUGUAAUGUGAGGGUGGAUUUCACUUACAGGGCUGUCAUGGUUAUGUACUGCACUUGGCUACAGUUAUUUUUUCUGUCAGGCUCUUAAGCAUCCAACCCCCCCCCCUGCCCCCCGCCCCCCCAUCUUUGCAGGUCAGUUUAGUGGCUUUUAUAAAGCUGGAGACACACUUGCUCGUCAUUGAAGAAAAAUGACUGUAGAAUAAGGUAAUGGAACAAGUGAUAGGACAUAUCUGUGACAACCCUGCCUUUGCCUUUAAUUUUAAAACGUGAUUGCUGAAAAUAUUUCAGAAACAUAUGUAUAACUUAUCUGUUUUCAGUAUUUCUAUUUAAUUUAACAUACAACCUUUUGUUGACUAAUCUUACAAAUUACAGGCUUUGAAAAAUUAUCUUUCAGCUAUCAAUGUUGUUCUUCUCUUUUUCAAAUUGUGUAAAUAAAAUUAAGCAGGUUUAUCUUUCUUUUGCAGUUCAAAAUAUGGCAUCUAUAAACCCAACUGUGGCCUUGAGAAUGUGAAAAUGUCUUGGGGACAUGAUGGUAGGUAUUUCUUAUCUGAGUACAACUUUACCUUCAUUCACUACUCAAUUUUAAUUGAGGUGAAAACAUUAGAUAUAAUUAUCGAGGAUAUUACAUGUAUAGCCAUGCGGAGAUGCAAAAUUUCUCUUCGAGUGUUGAAAAAUAUUUCACCAGUGAGCUUAGCGAAUUUAUGAGUGAUAUAUUUUUCACUCAUGUAUGUUGAAUACAAGCAAAUUCUCCCAGGGAAACGCAAUUUUGACAGACUUGCCGAAAUACAAAGUCACUAAUGUUGCCAGCGCAUGCAUGAAAUAUUGAAUGCUGACUGCAAAGACAAGUUACUAUGAGAUGAUGUCUCAAGAGGUGUUGCACCAUCAAGUCUUCUUUUCUACAUUAAUUAAUAAGUGCAAGUUCAUUUUGAGUGUAUUUACAGAUGUACAUGCAAGUUUUAUUGCAGUAAUAUUCUAUUUUUGGAACUCAAAUGCAAACAACAACAACAACAAUCUUUAUGGUGCUCUUGAUACAAAAAGUGUUAAGACAUUAAAAGGAAAUAAUUGUGAAAAAAAAGAGUACCCAGCCACUCAGAAAUAGCAAGAGCUAAUUGCGCUGAGUGGCUAGGCCAUGCGGAAAAAGUAACACGACGAAAAGGGGCAAAAAUUAAGAGAUUUUGACGCUAAAUCAAAAACGCGUCCAUCUUGCUCGCUGACCACAAAGGCUAUUUAUUAGAAAUAGGGUCACUUUUAAUCUUAACUAACCUUAGCAUUUACGUUUGCAAUUUGUUUGUAAUGUGUUAUGCCUACAAAAGUGUUUUUUAUGUUGCAGAAUACAUGUACCAUGUCCUUACUGGAAACAACUGUAAGCUUCCCAAAGAGGUAAAACACUAUGUUUUAACCAAAGACAGCAUUAAUUUCUGAUCUGCAAGCCUUGAUUUUCUGAUAUUUGCCUUAGUACGUUGACACAUUCCACAUCUAAACCUUGAAGUAUGUUAGUGCCUUAUUCAUGGGUUAAUAGUUGCAAUGUGGUGCCACUUUUCCUGAAGCGCCAUGCCAUUUUGCUUAGUUAAGAGUACUAUUUUGCUCUGUGCUGCACUGCAUUGAUUUCUAGAGCAUAGGUCGUUUGUCUUAAGUGUGUGACAUAAAAAAGAAAAAAAUUAAUUAAGCUAGCAAUUGCCCAGUGACACACACAGUCAUGGUCCACAUGGGCCUUGAAAAUUCCUUGAAAAAGCAUCAUGUCCUUGAAAAGUCCUUGAAAAUUGGAAAUUAUUUUGUAGGAUAUCUUUAAAAAGUCCUUGAAUUUUCCUAGAAGUCAUUGAAUAUUUUUGAAAGCUUCUUGAAUGAAAAUAGCCUUUAUUAAAAAAAGUAUUUGUGCAAAGGAAAGACUUGAAAGCACAGCAGUAUGUACAAUAUUAAUUUCCUUAGUGAUCGUGAAAUUCUGUUCACGCAUAAUUUUGGUAUUCCCACCAUAAUUUAUUUGCCGUUAUUUGAAACACCCUACAUGUAGGAACCAUGCCUUCCUAGGGGAAGGUAUUGCAAUCAUUGCAAUAUGUGAACCUCCCUACAUCUACGCAUUUGGAAGUACGGAUAUUUCAAUAUUGUUUUGAAUUGGAAUGAUGAUGGUAAUGCAUUCAAAAAGGCAGAAGGGUCAGUGUCUGUGCAUUAAGAAGCGGGAACUUAAGGAGAUUGAGGAAAUGAAAAAGAAAAAGGCAAGAGUAGAUAUAUGAUUGAAACACCAGAUGAAAUUUGCUUGAAAGCAGAAGCCACAGACAAAAUAACUUUUGUCACACUAGCCUGAAUUCACCUAGAAAACUCACUGCCAAUUAGAAAAUGCAAGAAUUAGCUAACUAGGAUGCAAACAUUAAUGCCAGCUUGCAAAAGUUCAAACGAUAGUCUAGUCAGAUUGUGAUUGUAUUAGACACGAUCUGAACAUUUUCCACAGGUUUGUAAUUUUACUUCGUGUCAUUCCUCGUUAAGUUACGGGGAAAAGAAGUCCUUGAAAAAAUGAUUUUAGUCCUUGAAAAGUCCUUGAUGUUUUCGUCAAAAAUUCUGUAUGAACCAUGACAUUACAGUUAGUCUGCUUGUGUUCCAUUUUACCUGACUGCACUGCUCAGUAUUAUUGGGAAGCUUUAUAAGCAACAACGAUGGUGACGGCAACAAAAACAUUACUGAAACAGUAAAUGUGUGCUGCUUCAGACUUUAUCCUGCUUAUUCCAUCUCGUUCAAUUCAUCAAAUGUUGGCUAUUUUUUCUGGAGUUUAAUUUUAAAACAUUAUGUCAUUUAGUUUAAUAAAAGAAAAAGAAAGGUGCUGUCUUGUGUUCAAAUCCUGGAGGCAAAAAAUGUGAACUUAGGCAUUUUCACGUCGUAGUCAUGCAAUGAUAGCCUAAGCUUCCUAUUUUAGUGUGCAUCCCCCCCUGACCCCCCUCCCCCACUGACGCAUUGUCCCAGACAAUUCAGUUAGUCCAAUCCAAUCUGAUAAUGGCUUUGGAAACCUUGAGUUAUAAUGUGCUCUUCCACUAAUGAAUGCUAGAAAACUUUUGUCUCUUGUUUUCUCCUGACCCAACUGAUUUUUCCAGGGUCUUCUCUGAGGAUCGUUAUCUAUGUUUACCUUACUUCUUAAUCCUUUUUGGUCAAAUUUGUACAUGUAUUUUUAAUAUUAAUAUUGAAAAGAAACUAACAUUCUCUUUAUUUUUAUGUACUACCUGCUGUAGGCGUUGUAUAUGAUCAGGUUUCAUUCAUUUUACCCCUGGCACUGCAGUGGAGACUAUGAUUAUCUGUGCAAUGAUGAAGAUAAAGAAAUGCUAAAAUGGGUUAAAGAAUUCAAGUACGUAUUGCCUUAAAAGUGAUAGGCCACUUGUUAAUAUAUCAUAAAUGUCUGUUAUUUUAAUAAUACUGACUGUUUCGGAUUGCUUUUUCUCUGCAUGUAUACAUGAGUCAACUUCUUAACAGCUCUUAUAGGAGUCCAGUCAUUUGUAUACAAAUACAACAGGGUAUAAACCAAUUUUACUUACUUUGUUCUUUGUAUUCAGGAGCCUGUAUCUCAUUUUUUUGAGAAUUAAUCUUUAAGGAUCCCUAAUACCACAGAGAAUGCUAAGUUCUAGUGCAAGCUUCCUCAUAUGCUCUACACUGAAUUCCAUUGUGUCUUUCUUACAAAUUAAAAAAUAAGACUUAAACAGUCAUUGUGAUGAACUACAAAUACACUGAUAGCCUGACUGUUAAAUGAUCAAUGGAAAAGACUUUAAGGCAAAACUGAUUAUUCUAUUUACAAUAAGCAUGGCUGAGGAGUUGAUUGGGCUCUGGAGGAAGGAGAAUGAGUCCAGUUACUGGUAAAUUAGGAUAGGAAUUUAGCUAGGGGGCUGUGGAUUGCAAUUGCAGUAUACUACAGUUGGGGGGUUGGGGGGGUCCUCAAAUCUGAAUUUUAAGUGAAAUGUUCUAUUCUGGGAUUUUUGAAGGUAGGAAAAUUUGGUAGGUAUUUUUCUGGGUGGCUUGAUUUAAGAAGGGAUUUUUUUUGUACAGUUGAACCUCUCUACAACAGCCACCUUGGGGACAGAAGAAAGUGGUCGUUGUAGAGAGGUUUGAAACAAGAGUCAGUGUAUGGAUUUUUUUGUCCCCCGGGACAAAAAAAAAGUGGCCUUUGUUUACACGUGGCUGUUAGCAGAGGUUCAACUGUACAAUAAAGUUGAAGUGCCCACAUAUUCCAGCACGUACACUUAAAUAACAUGCGGAUGAAGUACAACCAAACUUGUUUUGCUUUCUGGAAAGUUUUAAGGCUCGGAAAUUUGGCAUUUAAUUUAUUUAUAUUUUUUUUUGGGGGGGGGGGUGGGUAGGAGAGGAGAGUUAGUUAUUGUUCCAGUGUUUUUCGAUUUUCUUGGAAGCCCUAGGCAUAUUUUUGGGUUUUGAGUUUUGUCCCCAUUCAAUCAUCACCAUCACUUGAAAUCCAGAGUGCCCCCUCCCCCAUAGCACAGCCUUGCGUACAGUGACUAUGGUGUUUGAAAUAUCUCAGCCUUGUGUUGUGGAGCUAGAUUGUUGGUAUUGUCAUAAAUCAUUGAUAAAUAACCCAUUAUUUUGUAGUAAGUAUGACCUGUAUUCCAAGUCUGAUGCAGUACCUGAUGUCAAAGCUUUGACUCCUUAUUAUGAAGAACUGAUUGCCAAGUAUUGUCCUGGAGAACUGUGCUGGUGAAAUAAAUGAUAUGAUUAGAAAUAAUUCAUUUGCCUUUUGCUGGUUUAGUCGUAGUAUUUUAAAUGAGUAAUAUAGCAUUGUAAUUUUAUGUGAGGGCUCAAUUGUUCAAAGUCCAAUAAGCCCUAACCAAGGGUAAAAUUUCAAUCUCGAUUUUUUUUCUUUAAUUGUUCACAGUACAAGCCUUUUCUCACAUAAUUUCCUCUAUUCUUUUCAAGCAUCAAUCACCAAAUUGUAGACAAAAUAAAUUAGCCUGAGUUUGUGUUUUAAUUUUUUAUAUUCAAAUUCAAAUUUCACACUAACCCUGGAUCUUAACCCAGCUUUGAACAAUCUGGCCCAGGUCAUGAAGCAGAUAUUUGACAAAUUGUUAGGGUUGGAAUAAUCAUGAGAAAGUUUGAAAGUAUGCAAUUUCACUUAUUAGUGAAGUGCAAAACCUUUCUUGUGAAAAUAAGUUAUAUUUCCAUGAGUAUGAAAAAUCAUUUUCAGGUCAAAGGCUUAGCAGAUAACCUCGUUUUGAUACAGAGGCCCAAGGGAACUUGGAAAUGGCCUAUUAAGCUUAAUCUUGCUAAAUAAAUGUAUGCUGUAGAAAAGAUAGAUUAUGCAUAAAUUUCGUGAAAAUAUUCAUUGAUACUUAGAGAGCUUUAAUGUGACCAUACUGGCAAAUUUAAACUGUAUAUAUUUCUAGGCCAUUUUCAGCUACAAAGGUCGGUAUAACUGUGCCUCGUGAAAGCAAAACUGGCCAGCCUGGGCCAGUGGCGUGUUGGUAAAAGGCUCCCCUGUAACGUUAUCUGUAGCAUGGUUUUUUGAAGAUGAUUUAAGCCUAGAGAACUGAUUGUCAUAAUGUAGAUUCAGUUAGGUCUAACUUUGUUUAACUUAUUCAAACUUUUAUGAUCCUGCAGAUGGAGAUGACUCUUGUAUUAUUAGGGACCUUAAGAUUUGAGGAUAGCGACGGCUGGCAAAACUUUGCUUAAAAAGUGAAUUCGCGGUUUUUCAGUGUUCAAUGUGAUUAUUGCUGCGAAGCCACCAUCUUGCUUACUUUGUUGAAUGUAUGCCAUCUCUCCUGAAUUUGACUUCCUAAGAGCCUUAUUCAAGUUAAGAAGAGAAAGAAAAUUCUGUCCUUACUUGUUUAUGUCCUUUAUAAAACAUGAAAUUAGACAUUUUCACGUCAUCGUCGUGGAAAAAUGGCAAAGAAAUGUACCAAAAUGGUGUGAAGCACAUGCAAAGUUGUUGUUUUUCUUAUUAAACUUAUUGCUUUAUUUAUGAUGUUCUCGUUCCUGUUGCUGUUGUCUUAUCUUAGGGUCCCUAUUCUUUUUUGUACUAAUAUUUGAUUAGAUCCUCCUAGCCUUACUGUACAGUUAAUUACGUCUCCUAAGAGGAUUGUAGAUAGGUAUAUACAUAAGUCUAUAUAUAUGGAAAUUGACACAUGAUGAUCUAAUUUAAAAGAAAUAUUAGUUCGGUGUGUCAUUAUUUACGUCAAUUUGCAGUUAGGGUCUUGGAUGCUGGUUUUUACAAUAAAGAAUAUCAAGAAAACAGUUACCUUAGCGUUGUUGUGUAAUAAAAUUAUCAGAACCACGGGGUGUUCUUAGAAAUGCUUAAGAAACUUCAUAGGUGUUCACGAUUUGCAUUCUGUUCGUUCUUUAAUCCAGUGGUAAUAAAACUCAUGUGACAUUUAUAUACCAGCACUGCGGUGAAAUGUAACAAGCCUGAUCUUACUUUAAAAAAAAAUACACUCCCAUUCUACAGAUGUGCAAACACUUUUUUGGGUGGAAGGAGAUACACACAACUGACUGGCAAUUUCGGUUGUAUGGUUGCAGUGGAUCAAGAAUGUAUUAAAAGUCUUCAAUGAAAUUUUUGCAUAGCACAUAUCUAUAAAAUAAUAGCUUGUGGUUUUAACUUUUCAUAGACUUUAUUCCCAACCACAGUUGAAAGUUUGUAAGACAAUUGGCAAUUUUUGGUGAAAGUUGUCUGAAGACUAAAUCUAAUUUGCAGCUCCAUUUUCUACCCUCUAUAGAAGAACCUCUUUUUAAGGUCCCCAUGAAAUUUUUAGUAUAAGGUAAUUAAUGGUAUUAAUUGAUCAUGUAACCUGUGAACAGAGUUUAUAAUGGUGGAUGUGGCAGAGACAAGAUGCUAAAGCACCAGUAGACAUGGAGCGGGGGAGAAGGGAAGAUGAAGGGAAUGGGAAGGGGUAGAGCUCCUGUGCCACACCCUUCUUCCCUAGGACAUGUCUACAGGCUACUUAAUUAAAUUCAUAGUUGUAAAUACUUCCAAUGGGACUAACUCCCGUUUUUUAUGUAGACCAUUAUAAUGUAGAGAGGCUAAAGCCUUCUAUUUGCAGUAAGAAGUUAGUGUAGGCAGAACAGUAACCCCAGUGUCACUGCAGUUUGGACAGGGGACAGUCUCCAAAAACAUAUAGACCCAUAUAGCAAUGGCAGGAAGUAUCAAAUGCUCUGAAAGUUUCCACUUUUAUUGAUGCUACCAUUUCAUUAAGGAUAAAAUAUUAGGCAUUUUUGACAUUUGGCUAUGGGUUAAAAAUACCAUCAGUAGAUAAUACCUCCCCUUUUCCUUUAAUUUUAGUAGGUGUCUGGCACCUUACCAAGUUCAUGUUUUAAGGAUUUCAGACGUUUUCCGAGUGACGUGUUAUAUCUCAAAAGCAACUCAUGUUCCACCUGCGUGGCUGGCGGAUUUUUGGUGUGUUUUUCUGUGUGUUUGAUAGACACCGCGGGCGAGGUCAAACGAGAAAACUGACGAGGUCAAUGGAGAAAACCAUAGGGAAUGGGGUGAGGAGGACAGAGAACAACUGCCGGUUAUUCCCUCAUGCUUUUCUUUUUCGUCCUCAGUUCAGCUUUCGCGCAGCUGAAUCUCUUUGAAUUUAAGAACUGCGAACCAAAAGACACACAAAAACCCGCCAGCAACGCAGGGUACAGUAUCAAAAGCUUCUGAAUGCAAAAUUCUACUAACAGGGGUGCCCUAGGAAGCACCCACCCCGCCUUGCACAUCUCCCAUAAUGCUCCUUAUUUCUCCCCCAAAUUUUGCAUAACCUUUUUUCACAGGAAAAAAAAUAACAGAUGCCCAUUUUUGGAUAUUUUAGGGUAUUUAAAGAAUACCCACCCCAAAUUUGGAAGAGUGAGACAAGUCCCAAUCAGGGAACUUGGUUGGGAAUUCCCUGGUUAGGACUUGUCUCACUUUGCCAAAUUUGUGAUUUUUAUGGGUAUUCUUUAAAUAGCCUAAAAUAUCCAAAAAUGGGAAUCUGUUAUUUUUUCCUGUGUUUUACAUUUCUCCUGUAUAUUACAGCCGUUCCAAGAGAAGUUGAAAACAAUGCUUAUGAAACUGACGCAUACUCUCAAUUCCCUUCCCUUCCCUUUCGAACGCCUGCCACGCAGGCUAACUCUCGGCCCCGGUUAAAGAGAAAUGUAAGUCGGUCGGUUAAGGUUUUCGGGGUUUAAAUACGUUUUGCCUCAGCCUUAAGACUUUUCACCAUUCAAACGGUGUGAAAGCAAUCUAGAGACAAAAUGGAACUUCUCUCACGCAACGCCACCAACACCCCCACCCCCCCCCCCCCCCCCCCCCCCCCCCCCCCCCCCCCCCCCCCCCCCCCCCCCCCCCCCCCCCCCUCCCCCCUCUUCUUCUCUUUCCCUUUCUUUUUCUGUUCUUUUUUUUUUGUGUUUGUGGUCUGGGGGUGUGGACCUCGUAUCGACGGGGGCCUGUUCUGUGCCGGGCAUCUGUUUUUUUUUUGUUUUUUUUUUUGUACCCGUUUAAAGAGAAAGGAAGGCGGGUGGUUUAGGGUUUUGGGGUUUUAAUACUGUUUUCCCCCUCCCUAAGAAUUUUUCCCCAUUCAACGGGUGGAAAACCAACUAAGGAAAAAAAUGAACUUUCCCCCCCCCACCCCCCCCACCCCCCCCCCCCCCCCCCCCCCCCCCCCCUUCCACUGCACCGACUAGUUCCAUCAUUCCCAUGUUGCAGUUUGCCCCGCGUGUUUACUUUUUCGCGGCUUUUUCGCUGACUUACUUUUGGGCUGCUGGACAUAAGGGAAUUUACACCGGUUCGACUGCACGUUGUCGUCCUCGUAAGUACAUUUUUUAGUUUUGAUACUUAAAUGAUACCUGACGUUGUAAAUUAUUCAUCCCGGUUUGGAAACAAUUGAUUUGAGAAUCCGUUCAGAGGUUCUGCAUUGUGGUAGCUUGUUGGUUAUAUUAAGGGUUUCUUUUUUUCACUUAUUGUUCAAAGGUACCUGCCGUGCUUGUACGCGGGAACGAAGAAUAAGUUCCUGAACGAUUGUUUUAAAGGUUGAUUUUGUGAGGAGUAUUCCCGUUCGAACUUAUCUUUUCAGUAAGUUAACUCGCGCGGUCUUCAACUCUAAUUCGACCAACACAUUUUGUACACAAAGUCGAACUGAUUGACCCUGAUCUCAAACUACAAUUUUGUAGAUUUCGUGACAAUCUGUGAGAGUUCAUCUUAUCAAUAUUAGCUUAAAACGUAUGUUUGUUUGUUAUAAUUGCGUAAACUGAAAGAGAUGUGGAAGUUACGGGGUUGAAAAACAUUACAUCUUUUAGUAGUGCAUGUAUUUUAACAGCAAGUCGACCUAGCUCAGUCUGCAGAGCUGAGCUAGAGCUGGUUUUGUACGUACACGCGUUGUGUACAACCAAAAUCCUAGUAAAAUAUUGGACGCGACUGGACGCUUAUUAUUCACAAUUGCUGGUUUUCAACCUUGUGACGAAGCAGUUUAGUUUUGUUGGUGGACAAAACAGUAAAAAGUUUUUUGCUGAGUUUGCAUUUUGAAUGGUUUUGUUGCUAGUGGUGGGAAAUGCUUUAGUUGUUGAUUUCUCCAGCAUUAUAAGCUAAGUCAAAACAGCUGAAAGCCAUUCAUGACAUGAAGGAUAUCCAGCAGUUCAUUUUGCAUGCAAUGCUAUAUCAUUUUCAGAUUCCAUGCUAUGCUACUUGUAAGUGCCCCCCAUACAGGCCCAUAUACUUGUAAACAAGAAGAAAAAAAUUACAUCUGGUCAUAUAAGGCCCCCGGAUAUAAGCUCCCCUCUACCUUGUAAUGAAAUGUAUUCAAAUUUUAUGAAGUUUUGAAGCUUAAAAAAGCAUGUAAAUUCAAAAAGGAUUUUGAUCACCACUACUAUACCAUGGCUGCUGCCUAGUUACAAAUGUAACUGGUGCCUGGUUGCCAGAGGCUCCUAAGAUUUGCUCGUAGGAGACUAAAAUUUUGAGCAAGGAGCUCGCACGGGCCACCUAAAACUUAUGAUUCUUAUGGCAAAAGCCUCUAUGCCAACUUCCAAUGGACGGACAAGAAAAUUCCCUCCUCAUUUGGCACUUUUGAAAGGAAAACGUAAAACGCAUGGUCAUCGAGCGUAGGGAUAAAUUUUAGGCUGUUAAUAAAAGUAAACAAACAAGCACCUGUCUUGAAAUUCACCUCUGUGACUUCCGCUGCAUUGCAGUUGAAGUUUCCUGUCAGAAAAAUAUCUCGAAUGAAUUUAAUGGACUUAGAAAAACUUUCGGUAUCAAAAUCAUGAUUUUUUCCCAGCAUUUUGCCUUGAGAACAGUUUAUAGGUUGCUUUUGUAUGCUUUUAAAGUUGCGAUGCAUUUGCAAAGAGCAAGAGGUUUCAAAUUACACGUGACAUAUGCAAAUUUUACUUGCAUCCUACACAAAUAAAUGACAAUCGAAGGUUAGUGGGCUUCUAGAAAUGUGGCUCCGGCUCCCAAAAAAUUUUCAUAGGCAGCAGCCUUGUAUGUAACAAUAUUUUGCAAGUCCCUUUGUUUUAAGAGCUCCUAAAACCUCUUAUGAAGUUGUAGAAGCCCAGAGCUUAUAAAAUAUAGCAUAAAUACCUCUGCAUACCAACUAGCUAAUCUCUUUUGCAAUUAUCAUUAAUGGGUAAAAGUGAGUAUUAUUUAAACCAUCAUAUGUGACAUGCAGGGCUCUAAAUAACGCCCAGUCAACGAACAAUGUCCAGACUGAUUGGGGAGUUGACCAGUCAACCUUUGGACUUGCCGUUCAUAUUGAUCAGUCAGAUUUGAUCGUAUUGAAAAUGAAAUAAAUUAAAAUUUCCAUGCUGUUCAGUUGUUUCAGUUGUUAUCGGUGUGUAGAGAGUAGAUAUGUUUUGCAGAACUUUAAUCUGAAAUCCUGGCUGAAAUGCAAUUAGAACCGUUGUUUACAAUUCGCGUAUUGAAAGGGACAUUGGGGUUCACACACUUCCGGUUUCAAAAUUAAAAAUAGUUUCAUUUUUAUUAGUUAAUAAGCAACAACUUUUUUCAGGGCUUCUGUUACGUCGCAGGAUUUUCAGAGACAGAUUUUUUAAAACAUCAUGACUAGUGCCCAGUUUUUUGGAACAUAAUUUACGCCUGGUAGUUUUGGAAUGUUGUUUGCUCAUUGUGGUGAUGAAGUCUAUGGCAAUUAAGCUGAGAUAAGUUUCUAUUAUGUUUUAUUGUCUUGUAUUUGGUGAGAUUUCAACCUGAAUUUUGCGGCUCCACGACCUCGCAAAAUAUCAGAAGACAGGCUUGUUUUGGAAUAUGUAACCCCAGUUUUGGUUUAUGGGCCCUUGAUGUUUUAAGAGUUUUUUAUCUUAUAAAUUUGACUGGCCAGAAACAAUAUGUGACUGAGCUUAAAUGAAUUUGGCCGGUCAUCGUGUCCGGAGACUCUCUGGAAAUUAUUUUCAGCCCUGACAUGCAUGUCUUGGUUAAGUCAGAUCACAUGAAAUUUAAGUACCAUAUGAGGACAAAUGCACUUUUUAUGCAGGUAGCUCAAACCUAGCAGUGUCUUUAAAGAAGGAUUUGCAUGGGAAUUUUACCCUGCAUACAUGUCUUGUUUUGGUGCAUUCUCGGCUUUUUUUUUUCUUGAGCUGCAAUAAUACACUAAUGCAUCGGUGAACCACAAUAAAUUUUUCUUCAUGAAUAUUGAUAUAUUUAAGACAAGUUACGGAGAUCUCAUGAUAAAGUAAAAUUUGACAAAUCAAAUGGGUGCAUGGAAUAAGGCCACAGUUCACUUAACUGAUCUAAUGUAAAACUGAACCCUUCCACAUGUUUGUUAAAAACUAAUGAAGAUAUUAUAGCACUGUAAAGUGGCCAAAUUUUACAGUUGUUUAUUUGGUGUUCAAAGGCAAGUUUGUGCUCCCUACCAUUCAAAUGUCUGCAAAAUUUUGCACAUUUAUGGAGCAAUAUCUUUUCUUGGUUUUAAAGCAUCUACUUUAACCUUGGUAAGCUUCCUAAUUUUAAGGUGCUUUUUUGAGCAGUUUCAAUGGACGUUAGCUAGCUGGUCUUUAUCAAAACUUAAAAAAAAUUGGAAGGUUUUAUUCCCACUUUGACGCACAAGGGUAAUGAGGUUUUUCAUGAGAUUCUAAUCUUGGACCAUUAUUGCCAUAGUCAUCCUUUUAAAUAAGGUGUGUCUGUGGUGAUAAUUUGACACCAAGCUCUUGGUCUUUCAGGCUCUAAAAAAUGGAGCACAGAAAUAGAGAAAGUGGUUCUUACAAUAUUCAAGCCUCUGUGGAUGAGUUGAAUUCAACUGGUCUAUCUGGAGAAGAAGGCAGAAAAGACAAUGGUUAUUACAGUCUGCCUACACGGCGAUAUACAACUAUGGUGCAGUUUCUGCUAUUUCUUGAUUUGACAUCAUCUGUUACUCUUUGGCUUUGUGGAGGAAACAAUGAUUAUAUGGAGAAAAAUGUGGAACAUUUCAAGAUAAGAGACUCGGUAUUUGACUUGGCUGCUAUGGCAUUUUUGAGAUGUGGUAUACUGUUUUUUGUUUAUCCUUGGCUUGAGAGCUUGACUUUGAAGCAAAUUGAUAAACCAUAUAACAGAGAAUUAGCAUCAAGGAAAUGUUUCUGCCAUUCUGUUGCUAUAUUCUUGAGUGUUGGAUCUCUUGCAUACAGCAUCACAAAAGGUGUUCUUAUCUAUGAAGUUAGAUCAGAAAAGGAACACAAGCUUCACCCAACAUACUAUGCUUUAGUUAUCAGCUCAGUUGCAUUUACUUUUCUGGAAGCUUUGUGUGCACUAGGCAGUUUUAUUGCUAUGCGGAAACUCAAAGUGCAAAGAAUUCUCCAUGUCCCUAAUGAUGCUGAAACAAAGAAGAAGAAAAAGGUGAAUUUGAGGAGGCUGAUGACACUGGCAAAACCUGUAAGUUCUUCUUUUGUUUAUUUGAUUGGUUGUUACCUAUUAUAUAAUUUAAACAUUUAAUGGACCGGGCUUUAUUAAUCAAUGUCUCACCCCCAAACUGUGUCACAGUUAGACAUAAUCACAAGGUAGCUGUGAGGAAAAGUCUGUUCACAGAGGGUGGAAUAUAAAUAUAAUAUUAUAUACUAAUUUGUAGGACAAAGGAAGAUUGAAGAUUGAAGAUUGAAGAGUGCGAGUGCAAUUUUUGACAAUGUUCACCUUAACUACAACAACAUGCUUUCCAAUGACGCUGAUUAUGGCCACAUUGACCUUUGUGAACAAAGGCGAAAAAUAUAUGAACCUAGUAUAAUUAUGGCCUUGCUCUCCAUGAGUUCUCCGUAGCUCAGUGGAUAGAGUGCCCGCCUAUUGUUUGGGAAGUCAUAGGUUUGAAUCCUGUCAGGGACUUAGACUUUUUUUUUGUUCCACGCUCCUUUUCAUCUACACAUUUGUUCACCGAGCCUAAAAUUUACCGUCUUUCAUUCUUUCACCAAAAGCGAAAAAGGUGAUAUAUUUUGAGCAAAAGCAAAAAAAUCACACCUGUGAACACAAAAGGCAUUGUUUUCUUAAAGGUCAAAUGAACCAAAAGUUCGACCUUUUUUAUUUUAGUUCAAUUCUAGUGAAAUAUGUUUAAUAUGAACCGAAUAAACAUACUAUGAAGUUUCAGCUCAAUUGAAACAAGCAUCUCCGAGAUAUUCGCAAUUAAAAAUUGUUAUUUUUUGGCCCUUAUCUUAGUGGAGAGGUCGGAAAGAUUGUCGGUAAAAACAGCUUGUGACGAGUCGACUUGGCGCAGAAUUGGCCUUCAUGUGAGACACUGCUUCAUAUGGUGUCAUGUUGACAGCACGAUGACAAGUUAUGUUCAUGAUGUAGGAUGCUUGCAUUGUGUACUUGCACCAUGUGGAAAUUUGGAGACCAAAAUUAAUGUGCUCAUCAUCAAGUUUCUUUUUUUUUUUUUUUGAAUGUACGAUUUGACCUGUUCCACUAGCCGUUGUGUUGUGGGAGUCCUGGCUGCUCCCUGGAGAAGUUGGAUUUGAUAAGUGCUACAAAAUGCUUUCAUUUUGUUGUUUUCUGAUUCACCUCCAUUAUCUGUUAUAUUUUUUGGGUGGUUAUAAGUUACACAAUACUUUUGAACUUCAUUCAGUACUUCGUCAGCAAGUUUCUUAUGGAUGGAGUGAACAUUGACAAACUUUGUGUGGUGAUCAAUAAUAUUGAUAGUCCACUUGUGCUUUGGUUCGCAUUCACAUGGACAAUUUCUGAAAUCUAUAAGGUCAACUUCAGUAAAGGAAAGGAAUGAUUCAGCUUGAAGAGGACUUACCAGUUAUGGGUUUUUGCUCUGCAGAGAAAACUGCAAAGAGAAACAAAAGUAUUCACAACUUUUUGUGUUAUUUUGGAAUAAUUUUCAGCAAUCCAUUUCUCAGUUUUUUGUCGCCCUCUGUGAGCAAUUUUAUGAUGCAUGUAUUCUAAAGUAUAUCAAAGAGCAUUCCUUGAUGUGCAAGAGGGGUUAGGAAGAGCUAGGUAUAGGAGGGGAAAGGCAGAACAAGGAGGGAGGGGUGGUUGGUGAGAUGAAAAAGAAAUGUUAAAAUAAAAUUUGCUUAUUUAAGUACUAAUUCUUUUUGAACAUGAGAACCCCGCCAAAAGCCAAGCCCUUAUUUUUCAACCACACCCCAAAAGAGGAAAGGUUCUUUUUCAGCGGUGGGGCUUAAGUGCAGGUCACAGGCCACAGGGCAGGUUACAGGCCACAGGUCACAGUUCACAGGUCAGGUUACAGGUCACAAGCCACAGGUCAGGUCACAGGUCACACAAAAAAACAAUAGGACACUGGACAAAACUGUUCUGGACUGAGGUUUUACUAUACAAAGAUAAAUCAAGCCAAGAAACCUUGAUGAUAUUUUUGUCCUUUAAACAAUAUUAAAUUCCACACAUGGAAUAAUAUUCUCUUGCUGAUCAUACGGCAUAUCCAAACUUAGUAACAAAAUCACAAAGGUGUGGAAAAUCAUGUGAUUUGUACAAAAAACAAAUCACAUGUUUUUCACUGAAAACGAAGUGUUGUCGUGUUAUUAGAAUGUCAUCUCCAAAUAAACUGUGCAGCCAAGAUAACUUGGAGCGAGUCAUUGAAAUGCAGCACUGUAAUCCUUUGAUACAUCAGCAGUUUCCAGAGUCAAAGAUUCAAGUUGUAAUGGAGGAAUGCUCCCACCUAAGGGCCACGAGGCAAAUCCAACAGAGGUUUUUCAAGCUGUUGUGCAAUAGAACGUGAGAAAAUGGCAAGCUCUUGGGAGAAGAGCUGAGAAAUAUGGUCCAGCAACUAUUUGAGAGGCCCAAAUAGCAGUGUCUGAAGUUCUUAGCCGACUACACUUUAACACAGCAGUAUUUUGUGACUGGUACGAAGCGCGAGCAGCAGGCCGCCAUCUUCAAAAGAGAUGGAAGACCGAUCUAGUAGCAAGAGGAGUUUAGGACGAGGAAAGUCUGAAGAAAGUUGCGGUAUUUCAGUGGUCAAAUAAGUUUUAGACUGUCCUUACGUUGUUCUUCCGUUUUAUCGUCGAAUGCUUUUCAAAACAUGCACAAACACGUCAUGAUAUUCUUAAUGCAACAACCUUUCGUUUUGAGAUUCGUUUUUCUAACAAAUCACGUGAUUUUGCGUACCUUUGUGAUUUUGUUACCAAUUCUGGUUACGCUGUAAUGCAAGUCCUCCUUGCGUGAUAAACAUGAAUAUAUUUUCUCAUGUGUGGGAUUUGGUAAAGUUCAGAACAGAAAAAAAUAUAAUUGAGGUUCCUUGGCUUGUUUUGUUUUUGUAUAGUAAAAUGUCAAUCAAGAACAGUUUUGUCCAGUGUCCUAUUGUUUUUGUGUGUGACCUGUGAUCUGACCUGUGGCCUGUGACCUGUAACCUGACGUGUGACCUGGCCUGUGACCUGUGACCUGCACUUUAGCCCCGCCGCUUUUUCAGACAGUCGAUAAAAGAACUGGUUUAAAAAUUUCUAACCAGUCUGAAAAAUUUGAACUGGUUUAAAAAAUUUAGAGUGAAGAAAAAAUUUAAACCACAACAUAUAUUAUACACAAUGCAACUACUAUCAGCGUGCAAAGAAAGUACUGUCCGAUAGCCCGGGGCUAGUGGAUUUUGCUAUCGGGCUAGUGUAUUCUGUUUCUAACUUGCCCGACGGGCAAGUGAUGUUUUAUGAGGAAUUUGAAUAACAGAAGAACAAAAAAGUUUUUGGGGCUAGUUGAAAUGACGACUGGGCUAGUAAAUGCUAGCUUCAGCUUGCCCGAAUGGCAAGCUGUAAAAAUGAUUUUCUUUGCACCCUGGACUAUGCUGAAAAAAAUAAACCAAAUGAAGAAAAUACUGCUCGAUCCCUGACAGUGAAUUUUAAUGUAAUAAAUCAAAUGUCAAGUAAUUUCUAUUUUUGCCUUGUGUUUUUUUUCAGGAGCUUUUAUUGCUUUUUGUUGCAUCUUUAGCUCUUUUAGCAUCAAGUGGAGCUCAGAUUACUGCUCCUUACUUUUUUGGAAAAGUUAUCAAAGCUUCAAUGGAAAAGGGCAUGUGUAAGUACUGUUUUAUUAAUUAAAAAGAAUAUUUUGGGUAUACACAGUGGGUACGGGUAGACCUUUUCUUCAUUGUAUGAUGAUUUAAAAAGAUAAUGAUACAAAUGUAACUUUACUUAACUUAUCUCCUAAAUUGUUUAAACAGCAACCCUCCAAGUUGCGAUCAUUUUAGUCGCCAUGGCACCUAAAAUUUUGGAACUGUUGACUUGAUUUGGAGAAUAGUCGCCAAGCUGGCGACCGUGAAGAAUAGGUUCAUGUUAUGGGGUAUAGAAACAGAAAUGGUUAUCACUUCUACUGAAAUAUGAAGAACAUUUAUUCUAGCUGAUUUGAAUUCCAUUACUUUUUUACUUUUCCAUUGAAAAACAUGCCAAAUUGAAAACUUAAAAAAGUCUCAGAGCUAAGCGUUUUGAAAAUGAACAUCAAUGAAACUUGACUUGCAUUCGUUCGCCUAAUCGCCUUCAGUCUGUUGCCUUGCACGUGACAUUUUAACUUUUGACACAUGACAAAUAGCACGCAAUCAAAGUGCCUUGCUUGUCGACAGUGAUGAUUUCUUCGAUAUCUUAGGAAUGCUUGUCUAGCCAAGUUCGGUGGAUUUUUAACUGGACUACAUAUUGUAAAUAUUUUUGAAUCAAUACUGAGACAAUCUAAUAACAUGAAGGGGGAAAGCUAAAUUAGUGCAAAUUCAACACAGAACAAUAACAGUAACAUGUGAACCGUGCUUCGAGUUGAAUCGUGGUUUUGUAAACAAAAGCGAUAAUUGUAAGCGAAACUAAACAUUGCAAAACUGACAGCUUAUGGUUGUUGCAAAAAUUUUUUUUUAAACACCUGUAGCGAUGAUAAAGGGAAAAGAAAAUUUAUUAUUUCGUAAGCGGCAUUUUUGUUUGGGUUCCUUUCAAUUUAUUGGGAAAAACAUUUUUUCCCAGUACAACUCGUUGCGAAAUUUUCAUGUGGGCGAUGUUAUCUCUAUAAAGCAAUGAUUUGAUUUAGAAAACUUGUUGAUCUUCCUAUACUCUCCUACCUUUGUCAGGCUUUCGCAAUGUCUAGUGAUAUUAAAAAUGACCUUUUAAAUCUCCAAAAAUAUUUGUUAGUUGGGGAAAGAAGUUCAUCAUCAACAAAAGUCGCAAAAGAAAUGCGAAACAAAUAUCAUUAAAAAAAAAAAAUAGGUCGCCUAUCAACUUGUGACUGGGAAAUUUUGAACACAUUAACAGAGGAUGAGUUAAGUUCUGCUCUCAUAUACCAACUGGGGAUUAUACAGAAGGAUUGAAGGCCCUAGAGACAACUGGAAAUGGUAAUUGUCUUUACAAUUCCGUUUCAGUAUUGAUUCAAGGAGAUGAAUCUGCAAACCUUAUUCUCAGACUAUCAGUAACUAAUGCCUUGCACAAUAAACGAGUAAUUUAUAUAAAGUGCUGCAUUUUAAGUUAAACUUGCUAACUGCUUUUGUUAAGGACAAUUUUGAUAUAUUAAUUUAUUAAUAUAAUUUGGCACCUAAAAAUUUCCCCUGGCGACUAAACCCAAAGAGCUGAUCGCCAAAUGGCCACUGAACAAAAAUUUUAACUUUGAGGGUUGNUGCAAAAAUUUUUUUUUAAACACCUGUAGCGAUGAUAAAGGGAAAAGAAAAUUUAUUAUUUCGUAAGCGGCAUUUUUGUUUGGGUUCCUUUCAAUUUAUUGGGAAAAACAUUUUUUCCCAGUACAACUCGUUGCGAAAUUUUCAUGUGGGCGAUGUUAUCUCUAUAAAGCAAUGAUUUGAUUUAGAAAACUUGUUGAUCUUCCUAUACUCUCCUACCUUUGUCAGGCUUUCGCAAUGUCUAGUGAUAUUAAAAAUGACCUUUUAAAUCUCCAAAAAUAUUUGUUAGUUGGGGAAAGAAGUUCAUCAUCAACAAAAGUCGCAAAAGAAAUGCGAAACAAAUAUCAUUAAAAAAAAAAAAUAGGUCGCCUAUCAACUUGUGACUGGGAAAUUUUGAACACAUUAACAGAGGAUGAGUUAAGUUCUGCUCUCAUAUACCAACUGGGGAUUAUACAGAAGGAUUGAAGGCCCUAGAGACAACUGGAAAUGGUAAUUGUCUUUACAAUUCCGUUUCAGUAUUGAUUCAAGGAGAUGAAUCUGCAAACCUUAUUCUCAGACUAUCAGUAACUAAUGCCUUGCACAAUAAACGAGUAAUUUAUAUAAAGUGCUGCAUUUUAAGUUAAACUUGCUAACUGCUUUUGUUAAGGACAAUUUUGAUAUAUUAAUUUAUUAAUAUAAUUUGGCACCUAAAAAUUUCCCCUGGCGACUAAACCCAAAGAGCUGAUCGCCAAAUGGCCACUGAACAAAAAUUUUAACUUUGAGGGUUGAACAGUGAACAGUGGUAGGGAAUUGAAGCAAUAGUGCCUGGAAAAGUUGUUUUGGCUUUGGUACUGUAAAGUUCCCAUAGUAGCGACAGGUAAGGACAAAAUAUGGGGUAGGCCAUGGCUCACCCCAUGGUGUAGGCCAUGGUGUCCGGACGAGUUGUACUAGCUUGCCCCUCAGUUGUAUUCUUUGACCUUUAAGAAAACUUAGUCUCGACACUUUUUGGGGACUCGCUAUUUUCAGGUGCUUGCUAGUUUUGGGAUUUAUUAGAAGUCAGAAACUUUUGACGAACGUUACUUUUGGGGGGUCGCUACUAUGGGAACUUUACGGAGGCAACAAACAUUUUCUUGAUGAAUGUAUGACCAUAGAUAUUAAUAAAGUUGCUCACUCAGAAUGUUGCUACAUGUAUGUUUUCACAAGCAGCUCCUUUUAGUUUAAAAGCAAUUGACCAACGAUCAUCCAAGUAAAUAAUCCAGUGUUAAAGAAAAACAAAGUGACGACCAAACUUUGGCAAAUUCCCAUUAACUGCUUUAACUUGCACAUCAACAUACAUGUAUUUUACCCAAGAAUAAAUAGUGAGCAUUUUCAACAACAUUAAAGGGGCAACAAACAGAAAGUACCCAGAUCACACAUUUGGUGAGCAGAGUUCCAUGCAGGUGAAAAGAGAAUACAGUCUUCUCUCUUUUAUUUGCUUUACUGGCUCACACGUAACUUGCUUGACUGCAUGACAAUACUGAGGGACUGUUAUUAAUCUGAUGAAAAUAAGUAACUGUGCAUUGUUAACUUGACAAGUAAAAAAUAUGCUCUAAUGUGGUUCUUGGAAAUUUAUGAUUAGUAGAUGAUGAUAGUCAUGCUAGCAAUUACUUUUUUCCAGCACAUCUGAAUGACACUAUUGUGAUCCUGUCACUGGUUUAUCUUGCUGGUGCAUUAGCUGCAUGUAUGAGGGCAUGGUUGUUUACACUUGCAGGGCAGCGUCUUGUGGCUCGCAUCAGAAAACAGGUAAGUAUGCCAACUAUAAUUAUGUGAUGAUAACUUAAAGUUAACAAGUUGGUGCUUAUUUGUUUGCACAAGAAUGAAACUUAUUAAGUAAUGAUCCAGGUAAGGUGGAUAGCAAUUUCUUUUGUUAUGCGGUGACGGUGCUUUCCCCACAUAGGAAUGUUCUCAUUUUUACACAGAGAAUGCGUAAACCUACGUGAAGGCUGUUUACGCAAUAAAAUGCAUUUACACUCCACUUUGAAAGGGUGUUUUUUUGUGUUAAAAGAUUUUGACCAAUCACAAGAGUUGAAAACAAUAGCCAAGAAAAGUUUACAAUUUUACAUGUUCCCCACAUAGGAUUUCUUUGUUAUUCAAACUGAGACCAGAUUUUGUUAUAUGGAGGAUGGUUGGAAAGUAAGGAUGAAUAUAUGUACUGCUUUAUGAAGUUUUGUUAACUUUUGCUGUUUAAGCCAAUCAGAAGUAAGUACAGACAAUAGUAAAGUUAGCACCUUUUUUGCAUUCCAACUUGUUUGUUGCCGUUCAGUGCUAUCGUUCUUAUCUGGUCCACUGAUCAAUUUCUUAAUGCUCCAGCAUAAAGAAGGAGGAGGAAAGAGGUGCUAAAACAAAACAAAAAAACAGGCAGAACGAGACAUCUUUGUGUUGGCCUUUACUAAUCAAAGUGACUUUUACUUUUACUACUGUAGGUUUGAAGUACAAAGUUCUGUUAUUUUCAGAUGACUUUAAUGUACUUGCUUUUGUCUUACUUAGCUGUUCAACUCUAUUAUACGUCAAGAAGUGGCAUUUUUUGACAAUAAUCGGUAAGAACCAACCUUGCUUAGCAAAACUCAAUCUGUGCAUCUAGCAUUUGAUCAGUUACUCUUCAAAGGGUGAAGGGAAAAGAUUGCUGCUCUUGAUCUAUCACAUUGAGGCACCGCUAAAGCCUCUAUUUUUUAUUGAUGUUGAUGAUUCCAAGUCACGUAACGUAUCAUUCAGUUUAAUUAAAACAGGGACUGCAGACUGUGGAUCAUGGACUGCAGACUGGGUAUAAAGCGUGGACUAGGCAUAAAAUGAGGACUAGAAACUACAGACUGAGCAUAAAACGUGAAAUAUGGACUGUAUAUAUAAAAACAGCUUUGGAACGGUAAAACUGCGAUAAACUGAUAGUGGACUUGCAUAAAAUGGUAGUCCUAGCUCCUUUCCUCACACACAAACAUUCCUUUGGCUUGUCAUGCAGUCUAUUCUCCCCAACAUCAGUGUCAUGUGGAGAAGGAAAACAUAUUGCACGGGCAAGGAGGAGUUCUAAAGAAGAGAAUUCAAUUUAUAGUUUUAAACCAAUUGUAGAAGAUUCGAAAUUGAGAGGUACUGAAUAAAAAAAUAAUAUUGGUGUUAGUGAGAGUGAAAUUCUUAUAGAUGCCACAAUUCCAAUCAAAGCCUUGGGGAUAUGAGAAAAUGAUGAACCCAGAUAAGAAGGUUUGAUGCAAAAAAGCUGUAUUUAGAAGGAAAGGAUUACUUACCUAUACAUGAAUAAUAACCCUAAUAAGUAUACCAUCCAACUUUAUAUUCUUUAAUCAAUGAUGACAUGAUUUACACCUAUGUAACAAUAUAAACAUGAACAUUGUGUUUGUGACCCCUGUCAUGGAUGUUAGAGACCAGGUAUAAAAAUGGGUGUAGAAAGUAGCAUUUUGGUCAGACUCAGGAUUUGGAGGGCUGCUGGGCGGCACAACUCUACCAAGAAAGUCUAGGAGUACAUUUAUAACUUAAAUUCACAUGUUUACAUAUCCUGACUAGUUCAAUCGAUAAAAAUUGAUAUUGGAAAACUGUUUGAUAAAUCGAUAACUAUCGAUAAUUCAAAUUUAAACGUUAUCAAUUUUAUUGAUCAAGAGAAUAGAAAUCGAUACUCACAACCAUCGUUGCUCUUUUAAGGUAUUGAUUUUAUCGAUUUCUAGAUUUUAUCAUCGUCAUUAAGGACCGUGUAUAGUUGACAAUUGUAACUGCAAAGUACUGGUUCUCCCGAGACAGCGUUUAAAAAGCAAGCUGUGUUUUUGCCAAUGCGUUUAAUACGGGGCUUACAUCUGUUUUAUCUGGACGUCUUAAGACCUUCUUGCUCGCUCAUAGCCCAGAAUUGUACGUCCACUGUACUACCCUUUUACAAUGUUUCAACGGUGUUUAACUUGAAUAGUUUCUAAGUAAAAUGCAAGAAGAAGUUGUUACGUUUUGUUUCUCCGCUGAAUCAUGUUAAGUAUAAUACGGGUCAUGUUAUGUAUUUGUUCAAUAUUUGAUUUGUGAAAUAAAUCUUUAAACUUAUCCUACACGAGUAAUUUUUUGUUAGACUGGUUUUCGGGAAGUUCUGAUGCUUCACUGCCCUUAAAUACGUGGAAACUUAUUACACCGAUAAAUUUGAUAAGUUUGAUAAAAUCAAUAACAAUAAUUUUAAAAUCGAUAAUCAUCGAUUACUCGCAACGUAUCCCUUUAUCGAUUUUUAUUGAUGUCUGAUAAUAUUAACUAAUUUUUAUCGAUUUUAUCAAUUGUUAUCAAUUAUCAGUUUUAUCGAUUGAACUAGUCGGGUUACAUAUUUGAAGAUCUUUUGAUCUUACCUUUCCUUACCUAGAACCUAUUAGCACAGUUUUUACCAAGGUAGUCCAUAGUCCGCAUUUUGUACCUAGUCUGUGUUUUAUACCCACCCGCAUUCCAUGGUCUGCAGUCUGUGGUCAGUGUUUCCUGAUACUGACUGCUCAAUGUAUGUAAAUUUUCUGAAGCUGAUUCAUCAGGCUGAGACAACAAGGGAGUUACUUUCAAUAUUCCUCACCAUGUUAUGCAAAGUUUUUUGCAUUUACAGAGAAAAUUUGUUUCAGUGCACGUGUUUGUUUCAACUUGUCAUGCUCGAGGUCUUUUGAGAAAGUAGAGUUUGAAAGCCUUUAUCUUUCAAAGCAAGCAAUUUAGCAAUAUGAAAGAAACUUGGCCACAAUCCCCCCCAAAAAAACAAGAAAUGCAACAUACAUGUAAUGUAUAAACUGUAAUUAUAAAUAUUGCACGUUAUUAAUUUAUUGGUUUCUUAACUCUUUUCUGACGAAGUCACUCAGCGUAGUACAAAUAUGUACCAGAGCCGUUCACCUGGUCAGCAUUAAAAUUGUGGGGAGCGGUUGUCUUACAUGACGUACAUUCUGAAAAGAACGUUUUCUGUGCAUGAAUUUGCUUUUUAUUUCAUGAAAAAUGACAAAAUAUUGCCAGAAAUAUUGGUUUUUUUCUCAUAUUCCUUCGAACACACCCCAAACUUUGUAAAGGACUUGUAUGGCAGAAUUUCAAGGAAAAUACGCCAGGAGGUGAGCCUUCGUUUAGUGCUCUCUCACUUGUGCUCUGUUGGAGCCAUAUUUUUACAGAUUUUUAGCAUCAACAACCUUUGUGGAAACAGAAAUCUGUACUUUUUAUUUAAUUUGAGGGCUCAUGUGGACAAUUUUGUAGAAAACACUAUUUCAAAUGAUUUAUGUCGAAUUUUGACCGUCAGAAAAGAGUUAAAACUGCCGUAGUUGCUCCUAGUACAAGAUCAGAUUUGUAAUUGGAUGUAAUAUUUGUCCUGCUACUCUAUCUUUUUCUAGUACUGGGGAGCUUAUUAACAGACUGUCAUCAGAUACUCAAGUUAUCCAGAAUGCAUUAACAGUAAGUGUUAUGAAUCAUAGUAGAGGAGACUGGUUUUGAAAGACAGAAAAUGUCAAAGAUUAAAACUACGAAGCUGCAAUUUAUGUUAGGAAUUUCUUAAUGGUGUUGAAUAUUGUGAUGGGAUAAAUGAGAUUGAUGCUUUUUUUUUGGUCAGUAAGAUCAAAAAAGGAUAAGAUUGCCCAGUGAAUGUUGUGCACGGUGCAUUAAGCCCAGAAAAACAGGCAGGUACAAAAGUCGGACCAGAUCAACUCGGACUGCCAGUCCGGGUCGGAUCAACUCGGAUCGAUGCGGAGCAAUUCCGAUCGAAUAAAAAAAUAAAAAUAAAAUAAAAUUGGACUCGGAUCAACUCGGAUCAUAAAAAAAAAACAACAACAACAACUCGGAUUAUAAAAAGAAAAAUAAAAUCAGUCGGUAUCACUUAACUUUCACCCUCCAUUUUGUUUUUUUCUCACGAACUCAUGGUUGCGUAAAUUAAUUUUAUUUUUAUUUUUAUUAAUUUUAAUGAUACACUAGUGAGCAGCACACAUACACUUCCAGUGAACAUUUUCAACUUGGAAGGAGGAGAAAUCAUGCUCGCCCGGGACAACAAAAACUUUCGUACCCCGGGAGAGAAUUGAACUCACGACCCUCCGAAUACUACAUGUUUAUCGGACGCUCCAACCACUGAACCGGAGCGUCGCGAGUUCGAUUCUUGCCUGGGGCAUGGAAAUGUCCUUUGUCCCGGGCGAGCAUGGUUUCUCCUCCUUCCAAGUUGAAAAUGUUCACUGGAAAUGUAUGUGCGCUGCUCACUAGUGUAUCAUUAAAAUGAAGUUUCAGAAGUCCUGCAGAAAAAACAAACAGGAACAAACAAACAAACAAACACUCUUCGGUAACUAUCUAAAUACGAUUAACUGACCAGGCUUUUGAUGCUUUUCUCAUAAAUAAUUCAGUACACUUAUUAAUCAAAAAUUAUGUGCAUAACUUAUGAUCACGCUCACCUCAACUUCUUUGCUUUGUGACAAAAAGCUGCAAUAAAAUAAAAAGAGUAAGCAAAUAUAUAUUCUAGGCGACUGGAAUUAUCAUUUUCUUGGAAUGUGUAGUUCCAGAAAAAAUAUCCAGACCCCCACCACGGAGGGAAUUUCACUUAGGACCCCCCACCUCCCUGGAUUUUCCAUUUUGGCAGGGAACUGAUGACCCCCCCACCCCCUAGGAAUUUCCACAAGUGUGACAAAGACCCCCCAACCCCUCUGGAAAAGUUCAUUUUCACGAAGAAAGACUAUUAAAGUAGAGGAAUGAGGCCAUUUAUGGUUAGUACGCAACGGUUUCCAUCGGAAGCUUGUAUACUUCUGUUUCCAUUUAUUUGAGUGAUCUCGCAACAUUAAAACACACUACACCACCACAAAGUAACCUGAUCCGCAAUUUUUGCUCAUCUCUUAGUUUAAAUGAAACAGAGAAAGUUAAUAAGUCCGUUAUAUUUGUGAAUUUACCUUAAUCAGGGCAAGCUUAUGAUUUGUUCUGAAUGUUGAUAGAAUUAACGCCAUUUCGUACGGGAAUGCAGAACAAGUCAAACUUGCGACCACAAAAUUAAUGCAAAACAAAGAGAAGAAUAAAAACUCUGAACUCUGAAAUGAUAACAAUGAAUACCCCCUGCAUCUUGAACGGAAACCAAGUUCAAUUUACUGUUUUUCGAUCGACUGAUGCGAUAUGAUGCGGGAUGGCCAUAUAAAUGUUUGGUGAAAUCGACAGCAUUUCAGCGAGGAUUCGAUCAUGAACAUGCCACACCUUCAACUACAAAAUUAAGGGAAAAUGAAAAGGAGAAUAAAAACUCUACAUUUUAAAAUGGUUACAAUGUAUAGCUUGUGCUUCGUGAGACAAAAUAGCCACUCUUCUGAUCGAUCGACUGACGCAACGUGAUGUGUUGCACACGUUGAUGUUUUGAGGAAGACUGGUAAUGAGUAAUGGCGGUCGAAUACGCGACCAUGCGAUAAAACAAGUUUUAGUUGGUCUAAUUCCUUUGAAAUUACAUCCAAAAUGCUUUUGGAAGAAGGGAAACCUGGUUAAGAUCAAAAGGAACAAUCUUAAGUGAUAUAUUUCAAGUUAUUUAUGUCCUAAAAAUGAUCUACCAGGUCAGUAAGAAGCAAUGUUCGAACUCAGGUCGAAAACGAAAUGAUAUUGACCCCUUGGAAAGUGAUUUUAUGGUCCAACCCCCCUCCCUUCUGGAAUGUCCUGGGCCUCUGACCCCCCCCACCCCCCUGGAAUUUCCAAUUCCCUCCGUGGUGGGGUUCUGGAUAUUUUCUGGAACCACAUAAUGAAGCAAAUUCAUUGAGAAAGAUGGGCGAGAUUUUACCUUCCUCGAGGUCAUCCAUAUCUGUGAAGCAGAGUGCGUUGUGUAACGCAACCACAACCACGAGUUUAUAACAUGAUCCGAGAGGAACUGGCACUGGUAAAACAAAAUGGCGCCUGAAAGCCAUGGAGAAAAAAGGAUGAUCUGGCCUUUUUUACCCUCCAAAUGGGUUAAACUUUCAGUUUUGCUGAUUUAAUUUAAUUUUUUUGAUUGCUCCGAGUUGAUCCAAGUCCAAUUUUAUUUUAUUUUUAUUUUUUUAUUCGAUCCGAGUUGGUCCGAGUCGAUCCGAGUUGAUCCGACCUGGACUGGCGGUCCGAGUUGAUCCGGUCCAACUUUUGUACCUGCCUUAGAAAAACAUGUACAUAAACAUAACAAAGGAGUCUGAAAGUCUUCAUGACAUUAUUAUUCAUUUGUAUUUAACUGUGGUGUUCCUUUUCUCUCGUAAAAAGGAAUGAAAUCAUCGAGAAAGUUUGAUAUUCAGGUCUUGAACAACAGCACAAAAUGAACCAUGUGCCACUGCACAUGUGCAAACCCUGCCCUAAAAUAUAAAAGGUCUGGAAUCUAAUAUAUUACAGAAAGUGAGGUUCACGGUUUUAAGCACGCACUAGGUUUCAUCAGCAUUCAACCAUUGGCAAAGAGUAAAUGGCUUAUAAUUAGACCAAUCAAUGCAAGCACUUAAAUGUGUUAUAUGUUAUAAUGUGAUUUCUUCAUUUUUUACAGGUGAAUAUAUCAAUGUUGCUGCGUUACAUCAUUCAGAUCAUUGGUUCUCUUGUGUUUAUGUUUACCCUCAGUCCCAAGUUAACAGGAGUUCUUAUCUCUGUUGUACCAAUUGUUGGAGUAGGAGCUCAGCAGUACGGUGUGUUUAAUUGUCUGCUUGUAUGAAUGGUGUAGCAACAAAAAAAUUAGCUCUUAGCACUAAAUGAAAGUCCUACCAAAAGGUUUAUGUUAAGAGAUCCAAAUUAAAGUGAGAGAUGUCAAAGUCUCAGCGUGCAAAAUCUCACCAAGAAACCUCCUCCCUAUACCGCAGAGAAAAAUCUGUGAAGCCACUGACAUUGUGAAAAUGUUUGUUUUAUUUUUAUUUUAUUAGCUUCGCCAAAAAAAACAAACAAACAAACAGAAAGAAAGAAUGUUGGCAGGGACACAGCAACAGCUGUGGCCAAUUACAGCGGGCCCGGAUACUAAUAAAAGAAAUAAAAACAAGAAAUAUUAAAAAACGCGGCGAUACAAGAAAAAGUACAGCUACGUACAACAAGUUAUUGGACGAAACAAGGGACAAGCACAAUUACAUUUUAAACAGAUAGACUUGAACAAACGUGGGUCUUUACAAUCAUAGGAAACAGCUAACGUGGACUUAUAAUAAUGAAAAAUAACCGAUUUAAAGGAAGCUAAGGUCGAUGGGCUCAAAUCUAGUUCAUCCUCUAAACAAUUCCAAAUUGUACUAGUUCUAAUGCGAAAGGAUUUCUGGGAAGCUCUAGAGAUUUUUGGCAACCAUAUGUCAACGUCCUUAACCCAUUCGUCCCUGAACCGCCUGUAACCGCCCAUGUGGAUCCGCAUCUUUUCUACCCUUUGUGACAUCAUCAGUUUUAACAGUCAAGGACAACUUUGUCUGCUAACUUGUGCAGAGUGAAGAGAUCUUUCAAACCAUACCAGAAUGAGCACAAUUCAGUCAAGGACACCGGAGAAAGAAGCAGAAAACCAUGUGACAUUGACCUGAAAAUCUCCAUGAAAAUCUUGUUCCAUUGCUCACCUAGCUUUCCUUUCACCUAAUCUUGAGAUCCUAAAAGCUUUCCUAAAAACUCUUCCCACCAAAACGAAGCCUACAAAAGCGAAAGCGAAAAGUAAAAGUCAAGACUGCUGUGUCACUUUUAAACUAUCUCGAAAUUUUGCUUUCUGUGCAUGCCCAAACUUCGCAAGCUGAUAUUUUGCAUCUGGAUCAGAAGGCCGCGAAGUGUACGACCUGUAAACCGGUUUUUGUUAAUUUUUAGCUCUUUAUAGCGCGACAGUGACCAGAAAACCACUCGAGUAGCUUCAAAACGUGUUUUUCGGCAAAAUCUCCAGGAGCGAAUGGGUUAAGAUUUUGCCUAAAAUCUGGCUGCCUCUGAAUGUAUUUCUUUCGAGUAAAAAAUCAAUUUUGUUAUGAUAGCCCAGAAAUCCCACUAGCUGCUAUCAUGCAUUACAGUUAAAUGAAAUGAAUUCUGAUUGUUACAUUGUUUUGGGUAGGACGAUUUGUUCAGGGAUUACGAAAGAAAUUUCAGGAUGAGCUAGCAGCAGCAUCAACAACAGCUGAGGAGUCAAUCGGCAACAUACGAACUGUACGGGCAUUCUCUCAGGAACGUAAAUCCAUGAAUAAUUAUGAAAAAGAGAUUAAUAAGAGCUACAAGGUUGGAGCAAAACUGGCUCUUGCAUCAGGUAUGUACUAAAUAUUAGCAUUUUUACAGUUAUUACAUCUUUAAAGGAUUUCUUGACAAAACGACCUGUAACUGUUUCAAGGUCAGUAGCUCAUGUAUGACCCCAUGAAAUGUCCUGAGAAUGGGGUCAUACAUGAACUAUUGACCUGUUUCAAGUAUCCAAAGAAAAAUUAGGGUAAAAGCCCACAUUUAAGAGCCUAGAAUUUUCGAGGUCAGGGUGAACAGGUUCUUAUAUUAUAGGGUAGAUUUUCACAAUUCAGUUUGAUUAGGCUCUUAUUUUUCAGAGGUUGUCGUAGUGUAACCAUUAGCAGAAAUAUUGUACUGAUUUCUAAUACAUGAUGGUUUAUGGAAAACAGAUUUCUAGUAAAUCAGUAAAAAUCAAAAAUCUUAACAAACAGAGGUGAUUAAUCAACCAUCAAAAUUGGAGUGAUUUGUUUGUAUAGGAACCUAUUUUUCUUUUCUAGGCUGAACAGGUUCUUAUAUUUUUUAAUAUUUAAAAUGCCAAGUUGCAGCCUGUUUGUAGGUUCUUAAAUCACUAGCUUCUUAUAUGUGGGCUUUUACUGUAUGGUAUUGAAGAUUGGUUAACUUCAAAUUUAAUGAGUUUUUCAAACAUAAAUAGCUAGGGUGAUAACAGUCAUUUUUCUUAAGUUUCCUUCACUUUUUGAGGGUUUUUGUAAUUAUUUUGUUUCUGCACAGGGUUAUUUCAAGGUGUUGUUGGCAUUAUAGGUCAGGUAUGUAGCAAUAGUAUUUUAUUUAUUUACCAGCUUUUCUGGACACAGGCCGGCCCAGUGGGAAUGUGCACGAGCGAGACUCAGGUCACAUGCAAGGUGCCAUCCCUACCCAAUCCCACGUCCCGUAAAGGUUGGCCAGACCAGUGAAGUCUCGACCUCUACUCUUUUCGAAUAGUGAUGUGGGUUCUUUCACAUCCCACAAGAACAAAUCAGUGAAAGUGCUGUUAGACAGGACGUACAGUUUUUCGUCCUCAUCCGAGAAGACUAGAAAGUCUAACCAUUUUGCAGAUGUCAUUACAAAGGCAGCAUUUUCUUCUCAGUUAUUUCAAGACCCUGAGUGUGGGUCUGACCGGGGUUUGAACCCCUGACCUCCCACUCGGCAGAGUGACGCUCUCCCAACUGAGCUAACCAGGCGGCGGUUUUUUAUUACUGUUAUCUAAGUCUAUGUUUUAUGCCUGUUUUUAUUGUAUCACUCUAGCUACAAUUUUCAUUUUACUUAUUUCUUUGUGACUGGGAAGACUAGGCAUCAAAAGCCAUCUGGGCCGAGUUGUUCAGAGCUGGGUUAAGAUAACCAGGGUUAGUGCAAGAUUUGAAUUCAGAUUUGAAAGCUUUAAAAGCAUUUCAGCUUCAAUUCUUUUUGUCUACGAGUUGAUGAUUGGAAGCUCUAAAAACAACAGAGAAAAUUAUCCAAGAAAAUGCUUUUGAACAAAAGUAAAAGAAACCCGGGUUAAACCCUAAUCGGCCUUCAAACAACUGGGCCCUGGUUUUAAAUUUAACCUGGGUUUAUUUUUCUUGUGUUCAAAAGCAUUUUCUCGCAUAAUUUUCUCUGUUAUUUUCAGAUCAGCUUGUAGACAAAAAGAAUUAAAACUGCAAUGCUUUGUAAGCUUUCAAAUCUGAAUUCAAAUAUCACACUAACCCUGGGUUAUUUUAAGCCAGCGUUGAACAACUCAGCCCCGUAGCAGCUUUCACAAGCCAAAUGUGAUGGUGCUGUUUCAUGAGGUGUGAGAUCAUGCGUUGGAGUGGUUUGAGCUUAAAACCUGAAAUAUUUACAAAGAAAAGCAUUAGAGAAGCUGGUAAUUGGUGAGAAAGUUUUUGUAAUUCGACCAACUGCAUCUUGAUUAUCAAUUAUUUCCUAGUCUUCACCAAUGGUUGUUGACAGCUAUUGUGAAAGAGAUGACUGUCAAGUCCAUUUUUGUUGUCAGUAGUUUCACAUCUAACUUUGCUAUUGCACGAUCAAUGGGCAUUCCUUAAAUCAGUAAGUUUUGCUGCCAAGUUUAUUUGAAGAAAGUGAUGAAGAGGCAAACACAACAUGUGUUUGGUGUCUGAUAACAUUUUCUAUUUUCGGCAUUAGUAGUGAAUGAUGCAUAAGUUAAAUUUUGAAUUUAUGUCACAGACAUGAUUGGUUCUCAUGGUGUCCAUGCAGGACCGUACCCAAUUAAGAGAGCAGUGGAAAGGCAGCCUAUGAUCAACUAAAAUCCUACCAACCCUUUCUCUCCAUCGGCUACUUCUUCUUCCCUUUCCAUGUUCUUGUAGAUUUUCCUCAUUUGCCACACACAACGUGCUUGCAAUCCUGACAGACGUCUAGCAGUCUAUUGUCCCUCUGUUUACUGACACUUCACAAGUGGUCAGUUAAGUGAUGUUGUAUUAUAUAAUCAAUGGUUGAUGUGGCUGGUUUGCUUCAGGGUGCUGUUGUGUUAGUACUGUGGUAUGGAGGCAGUCUGGUAAAUAAACAAGAGCUUGAUGUUGGUAUCCUCACAGGUAACUGUAGUUUUGAGAUUAUUCUUGUUAUCAGCUCUGUAAAAAUCACAGAUGAAUUUUAAAGUACUGAUUUCAUGUCAAUUUAGGUAACUGUCUCAUUUCUGUUGUCUUCUCUUUUUUUAGCUUUUAUGUUGUACACACUUAAUGUGGCCAUGGCUUUUGCCUUCUUAUCGUCUCUGUAUGGUGACUUCAUGCAGGUACAAUAGAGCAUUUCAAGACACAAUUUAUUCACCAUUUUCACCCCUCCCAUAAUACAUCCCCCCCCCCCAAAAAAAAAAAAUGCAUAAGCCUUCUCUUUUAUUUCUCUUGGGAUGGCCAUAAUACCCAGGAAAAAAUUAACAACGGUUAUGCAAAGUUUUGGGGGGCAAAUAAGAUGUAUUAUGGGAGAAGUGCAAAUGGUAAAGUAUGACUGCAGAAAUGAUUUUCUUCUUUGCAAUCAUAUCACGUUACUUUGCAAAAUGCAGUAAAAUUCAGUGAGCUUCAUCGUUCCUUCACUUCACUUAACCCAUUCACCCCUGAACCACCCGUAACUGUCCAGGCAGAUCGAUAUCCCGUUUACUGCCAUUGAAGUCAUCAUCGUUAUGGUCAUAGGCAACUUUGACAUCUAACUUAUGUAGGGGAAAGAGAACUUCAAACUAUCCCCAAAUGAGCACUAUUCAGUUGAAAAUGCUGGAGAAAAAAUGCUAAACGAAAAACAACUGAAAAGUAACCUGAAAGGAGAGAAAGCAAAGGGUAAAAGUAAAGAGUUCAACAUCACUUUUAAGUGCUCUUGAAACUUAUAAAACAAAGUUUUUGCAGUUUUGGUUCUUUUUGGUUGAAUAUUGACCAGAAAAUAGCUUGACUUGCUGCUAAAGGUGACAGCAUUCCUAGUACUGAUGGGCUAAAUAAUCAGUGAAAGGUUCCGGCAAUUCUGCUUUUUUACAGAAAGAUCAACUCUGCUACUUGAAAAGAGCAGAAAAAUUAACUUUCUGCAUUCAUUUUUUAUAGAACGACAUGCAAAAUUGUUACCUUUUUUGUUAAUGCUAGUUGAUCAGGUGAAAAGUUAAAAAAAGGUACCUUUUUAGAAAAAAAAGGCGGGUAUUUUAAGCUUUCGGGUGAAAAUUUUUUAACGUCAAUAUUGUCCGCUUUUCAUCCAUUUCUCACUUUACCAAACAAAACUUUAAAGCGUGAAAAAGGUACCUUUUUUUCAGUUUGAAGCGAUCUCUUUAAAAGUGCGAAAAAGGUAAGCAAAAUUGCCAGAACUUUCACUGAUUCUAAAUCAACAAAAUGACCAAAAGAUGGAUACAGACACCAUGUGAUUGAAGCUUGUGACAACUUUUGACCUUGAUAAGAUGUAUAAGCUAAUGUAUAAGAACCAGUUUUUGGCAAACACCUCACAUUAAGCAGACCUAAAUUAAAAUAUUAAAAGUAUUAAAAACUAGCUAAUAAGCACAGCUUCUUAACUAGUAAUAGUUGACACUACAGCUGCCCCCGUUCUUUAUAUUGUCGGUCAAUAGUAUUCUUGCUGGUUGUGUAGCUCUUUGAAAUAUACCGAUUCAUAAUGAAGAUUUUCACACAUAUUCCAUACAAUAGGUGAGAUAAAUACAGGAAACGCAAGGUUCCAUGCACAGUUUCAGCUCGAUUUACACAGCUUUGAUCAAAACAUUCUCAGUUUCGAGAAUAGUUUAUUCUAAACCAUAAGAAAAGAUUUAAUUAGAAGUUGAAUUUUUCGCUAUUUCUCUUGCCCUUUUUACAUUCAGUUCAUUUCAUUUGCCGGAAAGUAAGCCUUAGAAAUUAAAAGGACGUUUGACCGAUUCACGCUAGCGCAUUCUAGUCUUAUUUGAAACUUUAGAACGGAAGAACAUCUGUGAGUAGGGAAUAAGUUAGCACAGAAUUUGAUUGUCGGCGAAUUUCUGUAAAUGUCCAUCAAUCUGCUAGUGAUAAGCUAGCCGUUGUUUACUCGUCUUGCUUGUUUGGGGCUGAGUCUUAUUCCGGUCAAAGAGAGAGAAAGAGUGUCUGGCAAGGUUUCCAAUAUAAAUCAAAGAUUUGUGAACUCGUGUCUGGCAAACUCUCCAAGUGUUUAUAUAUACACAGUUAAAGGCAUCUUACAACCAGUCCCCUGCGCUUAACGAGUGUCUUUUGGUCCAUAACUUUCAAAACAACUGCUCCACAGAAUGUCACUGCGUCAUGCAAAAGAGUAUCGAAGUAUGACUGCACAAUAAAUGUCACAAAAUCUACCUGAGUGGUCCCUUCGGGAUUUUCUGUCUUUACAUCAUCCUAACUAUUUCGUACUUGCGGGCGCAAACAAUAAAAAUGUCAUCAUUACCUACCGAUUCCUCGCAGCCCCAGUUCGAGCAAAUCGAGAUUUUUUCUAGUAUACUGACUGUAUAUUUGAACUGUAAGUACUGUCCUUAAUAUACGCGCGAGUUACUAGGGUGCCUCCUCGGAAUGUCGCCUCUGGGCGAAAUCCCUGUGGGGGCAAUUACACAAAUCUUAUUUCACGGAGCCAUGUGCUUCAUUAUAAUAUCUUUUUUUAGGCAGUAGGUGCUUCAGUACGUAUGUUUGAGCUGAUGGAUCGUUUACCAGCCAUCAACAUGGAAGGAGGACGAACAUUGUCAUCAAUCAAUGAGAGUAAGUGAUCAUGGAUGAUUGUAUUAUUCAUAAAAAGUAGAAGCUGAACAACAGCAAGAGGUCAUGACUGAACUCCACAGAUCGACUGCAGAAGCUCAAAGUGUAUUUUCUUGUGGAGAAUCGUCUGAGUAUAGUGGGUGCAGGUGUUAAAAUGGACGGUGCCUUUUUGCUUUUCUGUCUACACUCUUUUCUGGCAGCAGACCCCAAUAUACCCUAUUGCUCCUCUGAAGAGGGAAGAGAUGCUCAUUGUUAGCCCAGGGUGUUGUAUUUUCCAAAAAGGGCUUGAAAUCUGCUAACCAGUUUUCUGUACCUGGAAAAAGCCAACAUUAUUUUAGCUCAAUAAUUGUUUUGAUUUCCAAAUAUGGAGCAGCAGUCAAAUCUUGUGGCCAAAACAUUCAUUUGCAGCAUGAGAAGUAUCAGAACUCUCUUACUAGUCUGGUGCCUUCAUUCAUUAACCCAUUCAUCCCUGGAAAUUUUGGUGAUAAAUGCAUUUUGAAGCUAGGCAAGCGGUUGUCUGGUCACUGUUGUGCUAUAAAGAGCUACAACUUACUGUAAAGCCAUUUACAUGUCGUACACUUUGCGACCUCCUGAUCCUGAUGCAAAUUAUUAGCUCGCGAAGUUCGGCCAUGCACAGAAAGCAAAAAUUAGAAAAUUCACCCACAGGUCCGGGGUGAAUGGGUUAAGGUUUUAAACAAUCACUUAUUCUGUAACCUUGAGUCCAGAAAAAUCCUUGAAAUUUGCUUCCACAAUUCUGUACAAGCUUUAAUUAGAUACUGAACAAAUUAAUUUUUUCUGCUCAUAAAUAAUAAAAUUAAGUAUUCCUGUAAUAAAUUAUAAUAAUUAGUUUUAUCCUGAUGCUAAUUCUUAACUUUCGUAAACUUCUUACAGCUGUCCAAUUUCAAGAUGUGUGUUUUGCCUACCCAUCUCGACCAGAAAAUUUUGUGCUUAAGGUAAAAUUUCUGUGAAUGUUAGUUCAAAUUGAUAAUUAUCCCAGUCAGGUAAGGUUCUUGUAGCCUGAUGUACAGUGUUACUUCUAUGUUACAGGGAUUGUCAUUUGAGCUUAUGCCUGGACAAACUGUUGCAUUAGUUGGUCCCUCUGGAGGUGGCAAGUCUACAAUCAUCAGCUUACUGGAGAGAUUCUAUGAUCCACAGUCAGGCUUCAUCUGUUUAGGUAAGUCAAUAUUAAUAUUCAACUACUUUGACUAUAAGGUAAGCCCUGUUAGUAAUAGAGAGAAGUGCUUAUUGCCCCACCUGCAGUACCCAAACCUGUAAUCUUAAUGAAUAAAUUUUCAUAGAAGACUUGUCUGCAAUGGAUUUGAGCACGCACAAUACAGCACAGUUAAAAUCUUCCAGACUGUAAACCUGUUACCAUGGAGUUGCACUAGCGACUGCACAUGCAACCAACCAGUGCAGCAAAACCAUUCCUAUCUUUUGCAGACCUCUUUACCUGCUCAUUUAAUUAGUGACAUUUAUCCAAGGGUCCAGUUUGUGUGGAUGCCUAGACUUCGCAAACUACAUUUUUUUUGUGAAAGGUUUGAACCCAGGAGUCGUUUCAAAAGUAGGUUGUGUUUGAUCGUCCGGGUGAAUGUAGUCCUGAAUAGGACUGUUGUUGUUGACAGUGACUGACGUUUGGACAACCUGUGCGGUAGUCAUCUUCAGAGCCAAAGUGAGUUGUAUCACGUCAGUUGAUGGGUUUAUACUCCGGUUAUUGAUUUGAUUGGCCAAUUACGUUGUGAUGUUAUUGGUCGUCUGUCAGUUAAGCCGUGAUGUUAUUGACUGUGACUACUCAUAAUCAGUAAUUGGUGCAUUUCGAUCCGUCUAUUGUCACAGUUAAACAGUUGUCUAUUGUUAGUCAAAUUGUCAUUCUCUCAUAGUUAUUUUUGUUUGAUCUCGUCAAUAAGUCGUUUGUACGGCGCUGGUAACUGUUGGCUACGAUUCAGUGGCGUUUGUUCUAAGUUAGUAAACCAGCUUUCUAAAGUAAGACAUUGAUAGUAGUCUGUAGAAUACGUUAUACAUGUCGCAGAGUCCCAGUCAAUUUGAUGUUUCGUCUUUAAAUGGUGCUCAGCAAUGUGAUUGUUGACGUCACCAUUCUUCGUAGCUCAAUUGUGUUCGGUCAGUCACGUGNUUGAUAGUAGUCUGUAGAAUACGUUAUACAUGUCGCAGAGUCCCAGUCAAUUUGAUGUUUCGUCUUUAAAUGGUGCUCAGCAAUGUGAUUGUUGACGUCACCAUUCUUCGUAGCUCAAUUGUGUUCGGUCAGUCACGUGCUUAGGUUUCUGCCGGUUUCACCAAUGUAAGAAGCCUGGCAGUUGGAGGGUUUUUAUUCCCCAGUAUAUGACCAUUUUCUUACAAACGUAAGCCAAAAAAUUGAUCAAGUAAAAGAAACAGUUUUCUUGGGAGUAAUCAUGGAUGAAAAUUUAAAUUGGAAAUCUGAAAUCUCACUUGUCGCCAAUAAAGUUUCUAAAUGUACAGGAAUUAUUCGUAAAUCCAGUUUCUAUUUAUCUACGAAAACCUUACGAACACUGUAUUUUUCUCUAGUCUAUCCAUACUUUUUUACUGCAACUUAGUUUGGGCCUCCACUUACAGAACUAACCUUAUUCGUCUUGAGAUUUUCCAGAAACAGGUGAUCAGAACUAUAGCUAAAACCACUUUCGAUGCACAUACUGAUCCAAUCUUUCAAAAUCUUGGUAUCUUAAAAUUUCAUGAUAUAUACUUAAUACAACUAGGCUUAUUCAUGUAUUCUUAUCAAAACUAUACUCUACCUUUCAAAUUUCAUUGUAAAUUUACUUUACAAAGCCAAAUUCAUUCGUAUAAUACAAGAAAGUCGUGUAAAUUUCGUCUGCCGUUCUGUCCUACUCGAACCAAACAAUUUUCCGUUUUUUAUGAAGGACCUAAAUUUUACAACACCUUAAACACCAACAUCAUCAACGCUUCCUCACCUUUUUCCUUUAAAAGAGCACUUAAGGCAUUUAUUUGUAAUAAUUAUUAGUAUACUCCAACAGAAAUCUUGUGAAAAAGCCUUUUAAUAUUCAGCAUUAUUUGUAAACUUCCAUAAUAUUGAUUAGUUUAAUUUUCCACCUGAUAUUAUUUUGUAUCCGUCACCGUAAUUUUUAUGCCAUCUUCGAAAACUUGUAAUUGAGGAGGCCUAAUUAACAUAAGCUCUAUAGUUUUCUUUAGGCCUCCUCGCCAUUUCUUCCUACAUUUUGGCAUUUGUUUGUAAUUAUUGUAAUCAGGUGGCAAAUAAAUAAAUACAAACGUGCAUAUAUGCGCACAAAAAAAGCCCAUAUCUAAGCCUUACAAACAAACAUGUGUAUAUGGGGUCAUAGCAGGUCGGUCGUCGUAGAAGAGGCAUCAAAUCCACUUCAUGUAUGAUGGAGGUGAAAAGUAACUUCAGUUUGAAUCAAGCAUGGUCGCAAUGGCCGUAUAAAUUUCAAGUGAGGUUUGGUUCUUAUUCAUUGCCUUCACAGUAGUGGUGGUUGUUGGUUCCCCAACAACGGAUUUGUUGGAAUCCAUGGAUUGUCUCUUGAGAGACUGUGAACAUUACUUCCCAAAUGCUGACCGAAACAUGGCAGAAAACUUAAUUGUACCACUCUAGGUUACGAUCGAUUCAGGUCCAGGAUUGCUCCUUUCCCUGGAUUGUGGUGAGGCAGGAAAUACUGGGAGAAUUUGGGUUCUUGAAAGCCUGGUAUAUUUACAGCUACGGACCUUAUUAAGCAGGUGGGAGUUGCUAGCAAUUAUAGCUGCAUCGUGCACGUCUAUUUGCCCUAUCCGAGGAUUCCCAACAGUUUCUCCUAGAAGUCGAGGAGUCGGCCGACCUUGGUAUGAAAUUUCUUUACCUCAGCUGGAGUUUCUCUGGAAUACAAUAUGAUUUUCCUGGUCUCAAAUAAUGGGAAUGUUAUUGGUUUCUAGAACCACUCUUUGGCGUAGAGUUCAGAAUCUUGAGUCAUUCUCUAACCUUUAUGCCACCACCUCAGAUGUGGAGUUAGAUGAAUUAGUUAGAGAGAUAAGGAGAGGCUUUCCAAAUGCGGGAAUCAGCAUGAUGCUGGGACACCUGCGCAGCAAAAAUGUUUUUAUCCAACGUCAGCAUGUUAGAUCAAGUUUGGUUCAAAUUGAUCCUGUAGGUCGGUGUUUGAGAUGGUUUAACACAAUCGGAAGGCGUGUUUACAGUGUCAGGGGACCUAAUUCUCUUUGGCACAUCGAUGGACUACAUUGCCUCAUCCAUUGGAGGUUCGUGAUACAUGGAGGGGUUGACGGUUUUUCAAGGCUCAUAGUUUAUUUAUGUUGUUCAACAAACAAUCUUGCUGCAACAAUGCAUGCACUUUCGUAGCAGCAGUACAAAGAAAUGGUUGGCCUUCUAGGGUACGAUCAAACAAAGGGGGUGAAAAUGUAGAUGUUGCAGCAUCUAUGCUGAGACACAGGGGGUUGAAUAGGGGAAGCAUAAUAGCUGGGCUCUCUGUACACAAUCAACGUAUUGAGCGACUCUGGAGAAAUGUCUUUGUUGGCGUUGGUCAUUUUUUUAUACUCUUUUCUAUCACAUAUGGAACAAAAUGGUAUACUUGAGUCAACAAACAUCAUUGAUCUGUUCUGUUUGCAUUACAUUUUUUGCCGAAGAAUUAACCAUCAAUUGAGUCUCUUCAUUGAAGCAUGGAACCAUCAUCCUCUACGUACAAAUAAAUAAAGCUACUGCUCGCGUCUGUUACUUCCUACGUUCUGAUACAACAUAGCACGUUCUAAAAGAACAACACCUAAUAUGCAUACUAUUAGCGUCACUAGGCGUGUUACGUAUGCGGUCACGCCAUUACACUAGAAACUCGGCAAAUUAUUCAGGCACUCAUACAAGCACAGAUCCAUAACUAACGAGCUAAAGCUCAGUUGCAUUUGACAUGAAGGGAUGUUAAUGUUCAUGUUACUAAGGGACUAGUCAAAAAGUAUAGGGGGGGGUGGGCCGGAGCAUUUGAAAAUGUGGUUGGAAAAAAGCACAUGACCCACCCCCUCCCUUCGGCACAAAAAUGACUGACCCACCCCUAAAGCAAGGUUGGAAAUUGCAUGACCCACCCCCUAGUUAAAACAUGGAUGUUUGGUUUCCUCUAAGGCCAUCCCCUUUUUUCUCUUCGUUUACCGUCGAAUGCGUUUCCUGAUAUUGGGUCGGUCGGUCGGAUUGAAAAAAAAAAACUUUAAAAAAAAUCACAAGAAGUCUCGGAAUAGUGGGCCGUGGUACCCCAGGACGACGUUAAAAGUUAACAUUCACAUAUUUGGAUUAACAAAAUGUAAAAUAUACUGUGAAAAAUGUUCAUGUUUUUGUUCUUGUUUUUCUCUGUGCUGUUACUAUGCUCAUUUUUCAGAUUAAAAGAAUUAUUCCAAGUGAAAAAUGGUGUAACUUUGUCGUAACUUUUUUUUUAAAAAUGCCAAAAAUUUGGGUCGGUCGGACGACCGUAAACGGAGAAAAAAAAGAGGACAGCCUAACCUUGUUCUGUGCUUGACAAAAUUUGUUGAUACACUGCUACAACCAAUAUCAAAAUCGUAGAAAUCAUACCUUUCACUGAAAAGACAAAUGUGAAAAACCGCAUAUUUCUUGUUUCGAUGGACGUUAUGAGUCUUGACACAAAUAUACAGCAAAACGAGGGUAUAUUGAAAUUGUCUGUCACAAUGCAUAUGAAAAUUUCUACAAAGACAACCCAUUCCUACACAUUCUUGCCGGAAAUUCUUAGAUUAAUCCUCAAAGAAAAUUUCUUCCACUUCAAUGGAAAGCACUACCUACAAAACCAUGGAACUGUAAUGGGCACAAAGACAGCAGUUUUGAUUCCUUUGCCAAUAUUUUCAUGACAUAUAUUGAAACAACAACUCUAAGCAAAACUGUCUUUAGAACAACAGUUUGAGAAUGCUACAUACACGAUGUCUUUUCCCUAUGGGACAUGAGUAAACCAGACAUCGAAGCCUUCAUUGAAAAAGCAAACUUACAUCACCCAACUAUUAAAUUCAUGGCCGAAACAUUUGACACUGAGAUGCAGCGUUUUUAGACACAGUUGUAUACAAAGGCACAAUAUUCAAGAAAAAUCUAUCCUCGAUGCAAAGACACAUUUUAAACAAACGGAAACCUUCUUGCACACACAUUUCACCUCGUGUCACCGUCCAAGUGUUAAAAAAGGAUUUGUCAAAGGAGAAGCCUUGAGAAUCCUACGAAAAAACUCCUCAGAAACAACCUUUGAGGAAAAUAAUUCAAAAAACGCUUGAUGGACGGAGGCUACCCACAAACUUUGAUAGAAGACCUACUAUCAGAAAUAAAAUUCACAAAAACGAGUCUAAACUCCUAAAACAAAACCUACAAGGAGGAAAAAGAUUUAUUGCCAUUUGUGACACAAUACCAACCCUCAGUGUCUACNCCCCCCCCCCCAAAAAAAAAGGUUAACAAAGGGUUCACGGGAUGUGCGGUCUGUCACCCAUUGCAUUUUCUCGCACAACAGGUUUGUGAGUAUUUUAGCAAUAAUUCCAGCUAGCUGUGUUUUAUAUAACAAGUGUGGUCAACUGUCUCGUUAGUACAGUUAGUGCUUAUUUAUGUAAUAAAAUAGUGUGACCCACCCCCUAAGACAAGACUUUACCUCCUGUAAACACAUUUGAACAGUCAAGUCAGGUAUAUCAGAAAUGGUCAAAGAAGAUGUUAUAUCCCUAGUGACCAAAUAAGGAGAGAAAGCUCUGGACAAUCCCACCAAUCCACUUCCUCCUUGAACAACUGUCAAAGCAGGAGAAAUAGCCACUCUGCAAGUAUUCCUCUUAGUUAACUGGCAGCAGGUGAUCUCUGUCUCCUAUUAAUAAAAUUUAUGGUACUUACUUAGUCUUGGUCUCAAUAAUUUGGGAAAUUCAGAUUAUUAUUUCUACAAUAAUUCCUGUAAGCUGUACAAAUACUACUAUACUGUGCACCUUAUGUGCAUAAGGUCAACAGGAUAUUAGACCUUAUUGUAAUUGAAUAGUGAAUGUCAGGUGGAGAAUUGCAGUAUGAUUAUUGAUUAGGCAGGAAAAAACAUUCUUGGACUACAGUUUACAUUGUAGGGCUGAGCACACUGAUUUUAAAACAUCUAAGUUUUUUAAUUGUUGGUUGCAGAAUACUUGUACUUGUAUAAGUGGUAAUGUAUAAUAUGUAUAUAUGGGAUGAAUCAAAUGAUUUGGGAUAAAAGCCCAUACUCUUCUAUCUUUACUAUCGUUUACACAUUUCCGUUAGGUUUACUUCUUAUAGUAAGUUAUAUUGACAGACAAUUAACUUCCAUUUGUCUGAUGCAAAUAGGUUUUGAUAUAUCUUUUUUCAAUGUCUAUCACGAAUGCAUUUAUUGUUUUUACCCAGUCCCAGUGGCACCAUAACAUUGGAAUUUACCAUUCACGAUAGAAUGCCAGUAACUAAAUACAUGUACAUGCCUACAUUCUAAAGGUGUUCAGUUCCCUAAAAUUUCCCUACCUUCGAAUAAAAUAUAACUGCCUGUGCCAUCUGUUAUGCCUUGAAGAACAAGGUUGAGAUACUCUCCUUGAAGAACAAGGUUGAGAUACUCUCUCGUCAAACCCUUGGCAUCUAUUCGAUCCUCAUCAACAAAAUCAAUAUCCAAUUCUCUUCUAAUGUCUAUCUACCCUCUCUUCAUCAUCUUAAAUAAAUAAUUCUCUCACUAACAGGGGAGACUGCUGUUGCACGCAGAUAAUUUGUUCUGGUUUCAGGAUUUUCCUUCUGAAUGGGUCCAUUGCAGUUAUAGGGUCCUUCUUAACAAUGCUGAGUGGAAAGGCAUCACCCUCAUUUUCUCAAAAAGUAUCUAAAAGAUUGAGGUAAACAUUGCAUUCCAAAACAACAACUCACAGGCACUUUGCAACUACAAUGUUUGCUUCAAGUAUUCUCUACUUAGUAUUUACAGGGGGUAUUCAAAAACAGCAUCUGCCACAAAACAAAAUAUCUACAAUACUAUGUACUCUAGAUGUGUUAUCAAUAAUCAGCACAUAUAUCAUGUAGUAAUGUCAGCAUUUGUAAUACCUCAAAUCCAGGGACAUUGUCAACAUUGGGUUCUCAGAGCUUCCACUACUUUUGCUGAGGGGUCAUUUAAUCACCCUUGCCCAGUAAAGAAAUAUUGUAGAAAAUAUGAAAUUUUGUAAAAUACCUCUUUCAUUCAAGAUGUCUUCAGCAUAUGAGCAAUCCAGGAUUCGACUUGUUGCUUCUUCAAGGCUUGCUGAAGACUUCAAAAUUUCUGCUACAUCCACAUCAUUUACCCCUGGAAACAUUUCUUUAAGGGUUUCCAAUUUACUUUGCUCAGAUUUACGUGUUUGGGAAGGUAACAGUUCUGGGGAAACUAUCAAGAUACUUGCCUCCAUGUAACUGGUUCCAGGCCCAUCAACAUCUAAAAGCAAACAAAAAAAAUGACCGAUCAUAGUGAAUGAGAAGAUAACAUUUAUCUUUAAGAAGUAGCCAGAUUGACUAACAUACCAAAAAAAAUAAUUGAUACCACAAAAAUUAACCGCCACUAAGUGUAGUUUUUCAAUCAAAAUGCAACUGGCUGACUUUUAUAUGCAUUUUCCCACUAACUGUUUCUCAUACACUAAGAGGUAGUGUAGCUUAGCCUUAUUUAAAAGGAGCCCAAGUACAACCAGUUUCCAAAUGGUUGUGACAUUGGUUAAAAAAACUACCUCAGAGAGAUUCAAAGUUGUCAUUGCAAGUGUUAGAGGAAAAGAGGGCCAUUAGUCAAGCACAACAUCUCAGACGUUCUAGAGACUGGUUGUAGCGCCUUUUAAUGGGCAAAAUGUUUAUUGUGAUGUAAGAGAUCAGUGUAAGAUAAAGAAGUUCAAGAACGACUUUGUGUGACCUUUUCCAACUGUAGCUUGCAUAUUGACCAUUUCCAUCACCUUUUAAGCAUUUUCAUACCAAACAAAGAGGGGAGGAAAUUUGGUUAAUGAAUGUAAACUUACAUCAUCCAUAAUAUUAAUAUUAUUAUUAUUAUUAUUAUUAUUAUUAUUAUUAUUAUUAUUAUUAUUAUUAUUAUUAUCUCAUGAAGGAAUGUAAGGGAUACAUAACAAUAACAAAUAUGAAGCAAGACAAACCAAUAAUCUGGUUGCAAUCCAUUGUUUGACAAGUUCUUGGUGCACUUGAUUCCUGAAGUGCAGAUGAGCUGAAGUAUUACAGAGGGAUGACCGUGUUGUGCUGCUUGCUGUGGAUGUGUUGGUAGGUGUCCUACAGGCAUUAGAACCUGAAAAAAAGAGUUUACAAACAACAAAAUUGUCGUAUUUCAAGUUUUAAAAGUGGAAUACCUUAAGAGACCAGUGUCCAGACCUUGUCUGUAUCUGAACAUCGGUACAAAAACAUGUAGGCUCCGACUCUGGAAAACACGCUUAUUUACAUCAAACAGAAUCUAAAGGGCCAGACAGCAGUGUCAGAAGAUGUGUUUAAUAUUGUUUAAUACAGGCUGAGGAGUGAGCAAUUAACUAAUAAAUACCAUUCUUGCACUAGUAUGAAUUUUUCAGGUUAUUUUUUUGUAAAAUAUUUCUAGCUGAAACAUUAUUACUGAACAAAACUUACAUCAAUGUUGCUCGUAGAUGAACUGUUAUUAGUAGUUUCUGGAUUAAUCUCUUCAUCUCUCAUAAUUUCAAUGUAGAUGCAACUUUGUCUGUAGUUACAGGAAAUCCCCUGCCCAUCAUAAACAGCAGACGGUCUGGUUGUUACUUUACCAUUUUUCGUUGAAUAAAGCGUACUUGUUUAGGUGUCAGUGGUGAGGUAUGUGGCUUGUUAACAGGUGGAGAACUAUUUCAAGCCUCACAAAUAGCACUGAGGAUUUCUGAAACAGAGCUUUGCUCUUGGUAUUCUAUGUUCCCUUCGCACAGUUCUUGAAAGGACUUAUAUUGCCAUGGUUCAUCUGGUCUCUCCAUGACUGUUUUAUAGCAAAGACCCUGCACCAAUUUUCUCUUUUCCUGAGGUGUGGCUGUGGGCCGGCUGAAAGGAAGUCUAGAUGUUCGUCUCUGAGAUGCUCGCUGCCUGCGAGAUAUUGUUCCAUUCUGGCAAUAACUCCUUAUGAGGUGGCUCAUUGGACCUUGCUUGGUCAACUGUUGCGCUACAUGGCCACUGACUCUUGAUGGCCUCCACCAAAUAUAUUCCACAAGGCAUCAGCAACUAGUAAAUUAUUCAUAUUAGAAGGCUCAAAUAGUUGUCAAUGUGACUCCAUCACUGAAAUAAUAACAAUAAAAAGCAAUCUUAUUGCAUUUGGAAUAGCUUUGGAAGUGCUCAAAGGUCGACGGAACAACUUCGAACAUUUUUGGUGACGUUUGGAAGUCUAAAGAAAAUCAUCAAACUUAUUCGUAGGGCUUUCACAAAGAUUCAAGUUGCCAGCUAUAUAAAAGGAGUAGGUGGGGAAUCAAACAGCUAUUUCUUUUGUUCCAUUUUCCUCUAUUUCCCUAUGAAAGUAGCCAUGGUUUAUGUUUAUAGUAGCCCUUAAUGACAGCCCUCUAUUCAGAAGUCGCUUGGACGUUUCUGGAAAUUCUGGUCGCGAAAGAAUGAAAAUCUCACGCACUUGACUCACAAAAAGUUGGCAGAUGUACCUUAAUACAGAAGGUACAAGUGCAUGUCAUGAAAAAACUACUGACCUGAAUGAUCUGAAUUGUUUGUGGACAAAUGUUGCCUUUCCUUUUCUCCGUAAUACAAAAUAUCACCAUCUCUAAAAUCAGAGAUACAACUUAUGAGUUACCUGUAAAUAUAUGAACAGGUCAGACUAGCAUCCUUGAGAAAACUGUGAUUAAUAAAUUUAACAACAAGAGAUGAGCAAAGCUAAACGUACAUACCGUAACAAAGUUACAUCUUUUAUUUCACUACAAUCUUGAUUAGAAAUCGUACUCUUCCAAUGUCCGAGGCAGCGCAAAAUACUAUAACAAAACGUAAACUUCGGCGUAAGCGUUAUGCAAAUUCUGAGCGUAUCGGCGAGGCAUGGUGCCUUGCAUUCUGUGCUUUGGGCAUUGCUAUUCUAAAAGAUCGCAACUAACUAUCUUUCCUCCUUGUCUUUGCGACACUGGGCGAAUCAACAGUCGGGAUACAGUGGCUCCUUUUUCCAUCGAUUAACAAGGAACCUCCGCCAUGAUUGGGAAGUCGCACGUGGAAAUUUUGGCGCUAAACUGAAGUUACUUUCCGGCUCUAUCGUACAUGAAGUAGGUUUACUGCCGACGGUAUAAUUCGAUGCCUCUUAUACGACGACUUGUUAGAACCCCAUGGACACAUGUUUGUUUGUAAGGCAUAUAUAUGGACUUUUGUUGUGCGCAUAUAUAUGCGCGUUUGUAAGAAAUUGGUCAUAUACUUGGGAAUAAAAACCCCACAAAGCAGGAAAGAACGCAAGUAUACGUGGCAAAAAAACGCACGUAUAUCGUGGAGCAGGAAUUAUUGGAAGUAUACGUGGCAAAAUUUUGAAACAAAUAGCCAACCAUAAGAAUAGACGCUCAUUUUAUACAAAAUGGCAAUCAGGGGUGAUGCACCUGUUCUAAAGUCAAGUUCCUUGGAAUAUGAUUGUAAGCAGCAGUUUGAUCAAUAUAUAAAGCAACUAAAGUAUCAUUGUAUUUGUGGAUGAGAGACUUUAUCACGUGUCAAUGGCACCGUAUAAAUAACUUAUUGACAGAAAUCAAGCAAAACUAAUAACUGGCUAAUGAUUGGCAACUGACAAUUUGACUAACAAUAAACGACUGUUUAACUGGGACAAUAGAUGGAUUGAAAUGCACCAAUGACAUUACGAGUCUUCAUAACAAAUAACACCGCGGCUUAACUGACAGAUGGCCAGUAACAUCGCGACUUAAUUGACCAAUCUAGUCAAUAACCAGAGUUUAAUACCAUCAACUGACGUGAUACAACUCACUUUGACUCUGAAGAUGACUACAGCAGAAGUUGAGAAAUGUCAGUCACUGUCAACAACAACAGUCCUAUUCAGGACUACGUUCACUUGAACAAUCAUACUCAACCUACUUUUGACAAUUUUAGCCAAUACCCUACUCAUGUUGACUCUGAUUGACAAUUCUUUGUAAUGUUGAACAGACCCUUCUUAUGCAAACAUGUUAUGAUGGCAUGUAGCUUUAGCUGGGUCAUUAAUAUACUGACGAGUGACCUGAUCAAAUUAAAAAGCAAAAGCAGCACAUAGAUGAGUUGGUUACUUGAGUCAUAUUUCAAGCCUUCAGUCUUUAGCUGGUCUGUUCCAGCACUUUUGUUGUAUUUAAAUGUCUUCAAGACAUGUUCCAUUUCCUCUACUGCUGGUGAAUCUUCGUUCACCAUAACGUUAACAUGUAUAUUCAGGUCAAUAGCCGCUUUCACUAUCAGUGCAAGUUUGAUGUCUUCUUGCAGUGAUUCAGAUUGUACUACAUUUGUUGUUGCAAUGUGUAUAUUGUAGAAAUCUCUUACUUUCAACAUUUUCGUCUUCAUUCCAUUGUUCUGAGGUGUGAGCAAGGUUUCUAGUACCAGAUGAGGUAGUGGACAGUGACAAACUGUCACAGCCAGUAACAUACCUUUGACCUCAGCCUGACUGGUCACUGAGGGACACAUCUCUUGUAGACCCGCAUGACGGAUUAUGUGGUAUCCCAUCUUCUUUGUCUGCUUAAUGUCAAGUGUGUCGGUGCUCCACUAUCGAGAUGACUGAAGAAGGUGACAUGGACUAGCACUACAUAAUAUACCAACAGCAACAUACUCUCCUCGCUCAUUUCUUGUUGACUUCUUUUUCCUCAACAGCUGAAGUAUACUACCCAUACAACUAGACUUCCUAACUCAUCAAAUCUUAUAUCAAUAUCUAGAAAAGCUACACAAAACGCACCAGAAAUGCCUCAACUAUAAAGAGAAAUAUGUUGCAAAUAAAGUUUCUUGUCUUCACUGGAGCAGAUCGUGAACACUUAACCUUCAGAUGCAAUUGAUCGGAUAAUUAAUAAUGAUGAUGAUGGUGUUAAUCUCUGUUACUUGCGAGCCAUGUAACCUUUCAUUUGGUUUUGCAGGAGGAACUAACUUGGCUGAACUUGACUUGUUCUGGAUGAGGCGAAGAAUUGCCCUUGUUAGCCAAGAACCAGUGUUAUUUGCCACAACAAUAGCGAACAACAUUGCAUAUGGACGUGAAGCAACUCAAGAGGAGGUAUAUAAAAUUAACAGCACUUUAGUUGGUAUCUUAAACUAAGCAAGUUUUAUUUGUCUGUUUAGAAAAAGAAUAUAUAAAACUUCCAACUUUAAAUCUUCAAACAUAUUUUAAAGUAAAUAUUCCAUACGAUACAAGAUCAUCACAGUUGGGUAAUGCAGCUGAAAAAACAGUUUUGACAAACAAACAUGAAAAAAAAAUCGGCUGUAACAGGAUUCAGACAUACAUUCAAUACUGGGGUCAAAUUUAAUCAAACAUUUGCAAGUGCAAUUUACCAAUUUAAAAAAAUGGCUACACUAACUUGUAAGUUUUAUUAAAUUGACCCCUGUUGAACUGGUGCUCUGAGCUGUGGGUUGAUUAUCACUUGAUCACUUUGGAAACGACUGAGUGUAGAGAAGGUAUCCAGGCAUUUAUAGGAUGUAUGAUGAGACAAGGAAUUUGAACUCCAAGCCCUUUGCAGAACUUGGUCAUGUUCUUAUGGUACCACUUAGCUUGUCUUGUUGAAUGGCAAACUAUCUGAGCAUUCAUUCAGAUCACAAAGCUUUGAGUGCAAUCAGCUGAAGCCCUUAUAGUUAAUUAAAACGUCUUUUCAAGUCUUCUAGUCAAAUCAUUGCAGAAACACAAUAAUUAAACUUGGAAUGCUUCCCUUAAGGUUGGGGGAAAAUGUGUGAAUACGAAUAAAAUGUGCGUAUAACUGUGUUCGCAUUAAAUAAUCAGCCUAUUGCCAUUUCAUGAUCAAGGCAGUACUGUUAAGACUGUUAAGGUGUUUAAAGCAUCCAAUACUCAUUAUACUUUGUAGAUAGAGGAAGUUGCAAAACAGGCUAAUGCUCAUGACUUUAUAACAACAUUUGAGGUAAGAACUGAGUGAUGUGAAACAGUUUCUUUGCAAAAACAGUCUAGUAUACAAGUGUCAAGACAUACGUCACUGAAUGCUAAAUAAAAAUUGCAGUGGAGAAAACAAACAAUAUUUUUCUUUCUGUAAUACUUUCAUUUAAUUGUUGUGAAAAUGUGUGUUUAAACCAUGUUGAUAUCUUGAUAAUGUCAAUGUAUUAAUAACAUAAUAUUAUAUUCAUUAAAGAAACUUGAAGUGUAUGGGCUUGGUAGGGAUUCCCUUCAAUGGUUUACCUCUUAUUUGAAGGACAGAUGCCAACUUGUUAAGCUGGGAGAUAAACAGUCAAGUGUCGCUUUUGUUCGUCAUGGUAUUCCCCAGGGAUCCAUACUUGGCCCCUUGUUAUUUAUCGUCUUUAUCAAUGACCUACCGCUUUAUGUCACUUCAUCAAGAAUUGAUUUGUAUGCGGAUGAUACAACGCUGACUUCCAGUACGAACUAUAGCUCUAUUGGAAGGUAAGAGGGUACUCUGAACUCGUCAAUUGCCGAAAUCGUCGAACAAACUGCCAAUUAAUGAAGGUAAAACCAAGGCUAUGCUCAUCACUGGCAAGAGUCUCCCCUCAAAGAUCAAUGAAGAAAUUACUUGAACUAUUAAAGGAACUGAACUCGAACUCGUUCCCAGUGCGAAGCUCUUAGGUCUCGAAAUUGACUCUGAACUCUCAUUUACUUCCCACGUAGAGAAACUUUGAAAAAAGCUGUCUCAGCGAAUUGGCGUAUUAAAAAAGAUAAGAUCUUGCCUGCCCAUGAAACAAAGGCUAUUGUAUUAUAAUACUACGAUAAGAUCUGUAUUGCAUUAUGUCAGUUCAAUCUGGACUAGUUGUGAUAAGGAGAAUUUAAGCCGUGUUUUUAUGCUACAAAAGAGAGCAGCAAGGGUAAUUUCCGAUGCUAAUAUCCAGGCGUCUAGUGUUAAGCUUUUUAAUAGUCUACAGUGGCUUCCUUUCUAUGUAGAAGUGAAAAUAGCUAAAUGUUGUGUGGCAUACAAACGCAUCAAGGGUGAAGUUCCCUUAUAUAUUGAAGACUCCUCAAGACUCAACAGUCAGCAACAUAGUCGUGUAACUAGAUAUAGUAAUAUAAAUUUUAUUUGCCCAAAAUUUAAUCGGGUGACCGACGGCGGUAGGAUGUUCGCAGUUUCUACUUGCCAACUCUAGAACAGCUUAAGUCUAGAACUUAGAAAUGCAGUAUAACUAUAAUCCUUUAAGAAUAAUUAUCGAAAUAUCUUAUUUAAAGAGCUGCAGGAAUUACACCAUUUCAUAGUUUAAUCAUAUUCUUGCAUAUAUUUCACUAGCCAUAUCAUUAGCUCUUAUACUCAUUCAUAUUGAUGUAGAACUUCUAUAUUUCCUUAGUUUUAUUUAUUUUGUACUUAGACUUUGUACAUUCGGAAUCUUAUGUUUUGUUUAUAAUUUUAAUUUAGAUAGAGGGCCACAAGUUUACUAGUUUCUGUAACUAAUCCAUGUUACCCUCUUUAAAUAAAGUGUAUUAUUAUUAUUAUUAUUAUUAUUAUCAUUAUUAUUAUUAUUAUUAUUAUUAUUAUUAUUAUUAUUAUUAUUAUUAAUGAAUAUUCUUAACUUCAUGCUACAUGUGGAUGUUAGGCCAAUAAAGUACGUGGAAUGGUUAACUAAUAGCCAAAGGUAUACCUUUGUUCUUAUUGAAGAUGGUUUUAUAGUAGUAAUUUUUCUUUAGGAAGGUUAUCAGACUGAAGUUGGUGAACGUGGUGUGAAGCUGUCUGGAGGCCAAAAGCAACGUGUAGCUAUAGCACGAGCUCUUCUGAUGGAUCCUGAGAUUCUCCUGCUUGAUGAGGUAAAUUAUGUUGGUGAAAUCAUCAUAAAAUCAUUAUAUAAGGAAUGCUAGGUUCAAAAGUUAGUGAGCAAAUUGACUUUUCAUCCUCUGAUUAGGUCUCACUGUCAACUGUAGAAGCAAAUUAGCCUGUUGUACGGAGGGCGGGGGGAGCUAAUGCAGGAGAGUUAGUUACCCGGAUUAGGGGAAAUAAUAUUCACUCGAAGUACAUUUGACAUGUGUAUGUUAUUGUACGGUUGCAGGUAAGUUAAGAAACUGCUGCAAUACACUGUAGUUGCAGAAUGCAGUCAGCUGCCUUCUUAUGAAACCAUUAAUUAAGGCCUUAGGGGUUUUGACUCUUUUUAACACGGACUGGAGCAGUGCAGACGUGUGUUUUAGUGUGAGUGUGGAACAAGACAUAUUCCGUUUAAAAAUAUUUCUUGACAUUGUUUUAGGCAACAAGCGCAUUGGAUGCAGAAAGUGAGCAUUUUGUUAAAGAAGCCAUUGACCGUGCCAUGAUAAACAGAACAGUUCUUGUAAUUGCACAUAGACUGUCUACAGUGCGAAAUGCUGACCAAGUAUGUUGCAACUAAUUUUUAAUAUUUGUAUAAUAUCUUAAGUUAGAUGUGGGUAUCCCCAGAGUUACUACCCUUCUUUUCUAAGUGCCAUUGUCAGUGAAUAAUAUAGGUUUUUGUAGUUAUUGAGUGCAGAACAUUGGUAUCCAGACCGUGUUGUUUAAAGCUGGGUUUAAAUAACCCAGAGUUAUUGCAAAAUUUGAACUCAGAUAUGAAAGCUCUAAAAGCUAAUGUACAGUUCCAGAAAAUAUCCAUUCAUCUCCCCCAUGGAGGUGCCGUUCCAGAAAUUGCCUACAGUCCAACCUCCAUGUGCGACCACUUCUCGUAAGCAACCACCUCCCUUAAGCGACCACCCAUCCUAAACAACAAAACUGGCCCAGUCAAAGGACCACAGUUGACGCAUUCUCUGAUCUCUAUGUUCGCUGUGUGCACUAUACUGCUUGGAAUAUGUGAAGAACUUAAGUGAAAACACGGAACUACAUAUGGCCUAAAUUAGAAAUUGCAUACAAUAAAUUAUCUUCCAAAAAGUAGAUGUGUCGAGACCACUUCUCGGAAGAUUCCCCCCUGUGGUUCGAUUCUUGUAAGCGACCACCUCCCGUAAACGACCACUAAGUCUUUGUUUUUUGGGUGGUCGCUUAUGGGAGGUUCGACUGUAGGCAAAAAAUGCUCCUUAACAAAGGAAAAGGAAUUCCAUAUUAAUAUUUAACCCUGUUUUAGUGCUUUUCAGCCUUUGACAACUAGCCCCAGACAUUUACCCUUACAAAGAUAGAUUUUGAGAAAAUUCACAUCUUAACCAACCUUAUUUUGUUAUAUAGGUUUUAGUGAUUGAAAAGGGCCGUAUUGUUGAGCGUGGUACUCAUGAGACAUUGUUGGCUCAGGCAGGUGUAUAUAAAAAACUGGUUUUACGGCAGCUUAGCACAUCUCACAACACAGCUGCUGCUUUAGAUGACAGCUUUGAUCUGGAUCUGUUAAAGCCUGGUGAACCCAAUAUUUUAGAAGGCGAUGAACCCUAA